AUGGUUAUGAUUUUCCCUGUCAUUUUUGGGAUCUGCUAUGGACUCAUGUCAGUUAUUUAUGUUUUAAGGAAAUUUACAUCCUACAACAGUGGCCCUGUCUCAGUCUCCGUUUCUUUCAUAAAGGUGUUGUUCAACUCUGCCGUCAAUCCGUUUGUGUAUGCAUUGUUAAACAGACAGUUCAGAGAGAAGACUAAAGAAAUGAUGUGCUUCUCCGACUGCUCAGGAAACAAGGUCGAGGAGACCAUAGAAAUUACUUCAGUAGCAUAAUGGUGACAUUAAUUGUUAUUUGAAGGCAAAAAAUAACAAACCCUAUAAUUACUUCAAAACGGAAAUUUACUCAAAUAAAGAAAAUGCGAAACAAGAAACGAAAUUGUGAACUACUGUCCACUCAACUCGAAGAGCUUAAAAAUGGGUCUAUGCAGUUAAUGUACAUACAUGAGCUAUGAGAAUGAAACCGUGUUCACGGUGUAACUCAGAAUCAAACAUCGCCGACUCUGUUCAAACAACAAGACUGACAAAGUCGAAAAUCCGUAUUAGGAGCUGGGAAAAAAGCAACAACAAUAAUGAGAAUUCAGAUCAGCACAGCUAGAUUGAAUAAUUUUCAUAAUAUAACUGUUACCAAACAACUCCCUCCGGCUAGACAUCUUUGUAUGUCAUCUACAUAGGGAAAAUAAAUCUUUGAAGUUCCGUUCUUGGAAUGGUUUGACCAUUUUGUUAUGAUAAUCCUUUAAAAUAAUAUAUCGCAACAGCUAAUUAGUUUCAGCAUUUUCUUUGAUUGUGUUCAGUUUUCUCUAAUUUACUUUGACAUCGAAAACUAUAGCAGUGUCACUUCGAUCAUUUCGUUAAGUCAAUUAGUAAUUCCCUGGAAAAGGGAAAGGCGUAAUAUUGAGAUUGUCAUCAUGUUGUCUAGAUACUUCAGUUUCCGGCUUCAUAUUGCACAGACCUGCUGAAGCCCUACCGGAGGAGUAAACGCGAUUGCUGUACAGGUUAGUCAGUGGCGCAGAACGCAAGUUUCGGUAAGUGGUACAUUUAUAAAUAUCUUAAUACUAACCAGUCCCGGUUGGGAAUCAACGUGGAGAAUUUAUUCAUUUGUUUUCCCUUUGAGAAGCAUUAAUACAAUUGUUUAUUGCAUGCAGUAAGCUCUUAUACCGGUGUUAAAUUGCAAAAAUCCAAUAACUGUGAACACGUUUUCGAGGUCACGAAGUAAGUGUCUGUGUAAGUUCUAUUUUAAGCUUAAACUGUUAACAAACCUCCGCUUCACCUUUUAUCCUGUGAGAGGAAGCACUUCCCUUUAGUUGAAAAGUUUAUGUAUGCUGAAACAGAAAACAACUGCAUCCUUCUGAUAUUCCGUGACUACAUUCCCUUUGAGUGACUUGCAUAGGCACGUUAUAUCGUUAAAUUCUAUUUCUAUUAAUAACCAAUCCAAAGCCCAAGGAUUCAUAGAACUUUCACGCCGUACCGGAGACAAUCUCUCAUAUAAACCAAAGCCGCAGAAAAGGUAAAAUUGUAACGUAAGAUUUAGGUCGUCUUUCGAGCUCAGUCAGUCUCCCGAAGAUACUAUUGGAAUUAAAGCACCCGGGCCCAUCCGUGGCCAGUACACACUGUGUAUGAAAUCAUGUUCUUUAUAUUCAGGCUGAGAAGACAGUGGACAGAAACGCUUUUAACUGAAACACCCUUAAAAUCUUUCUUACUCCGCACAAAAUUUUCUGUUUCUUUGUCGAGAAAGAAAUCGACCGCGAGUUCAUGCAAAACUAGGUUAGAAUUAAAAUCCUCUAAGAUGGCUCUCAUUAAUCCGUAUACAGCUCGUGUCAAUUUCAGAAAUAGUUUUGUUUCGUUUGUAGCAGUAGAUAGAGCAAGCAAUUAACUCAAGGAGUCCGCUUGUUUGAAGAUGGUUAAGUAUUGAUAUGAAUAGUUUCAACGAUGACUUCAAAAAGUCUGCGCUCUCGUCACUUGGCCAUAACUAGUUACCAUCUCUAUUAAAUGAAUGCGAAAACAUCUUGCGGAAUAUCCUUAUGAGUUUCAAAACAUUACUUAUUAAAUAGCAGAUGAACCUCACUAUCCGUAUGGGACAGGUUUUCAAAAAAAAAAUAAACUCAUUUGAUAUAAGAACUUAAGUGGCGAUCUCUGUAAGAGCGGUCCAAGUCGUUUUGCAUCGGAAAAAUGUUUUGCCUCAAACUUUUUCCAUUUAACUAUUUUUGGUAGUAAGUAAAUAAAACCACAAUGGUUUCUGGAAUUACGUAGAGAAAAAAAUUUUGAGAGCUCUCAACAAUCAAAGCUGCAAAAGGCCUUUUUUUGACCUCUUGAGACAUCGACAAUUUUAAAAGUUGACAAGUUCGCUCCUCCGUAACACACUUCAUGCAGCAAGAAAUCGUUUGCAUUCCUAAAUUGUGUGAUAUAUAAGGGAUUUGGAAAGCGUUUCAAUUUUAAUUUGAUACGUGUUUAUCCGGAGGUUCGCCGUAAUGUAUUUAACACUUUAGACAGCUUUCUGAAACUGGUCAAAAGUACUCCUAUUUCUUUCUUGGGGUGAUAUUUCUCAAGUCCAGACCAGACCAUUGAAAACUCCGCUUGAUUUCUUCUAAUAAGAUGUUCGAAAGCAUAGAAAUAUAAAAACAUCUUGCACUUAUUAGUUUUCUUCGCCUCAGUGACUUCAAACUUUUGAUGAUUUUGCUAGCGUGACAGCAGAAUUAUGCAAAUUAGUCUGUUGAGCAAACUCCGACUAUUUAUAUUGGUAGCCUCAUAAAUCUUAGAUUUUAACCACUUUAAAAAACAAGGUAGUAGGGCAGAGCUUUUAGAAUACACUGAUUGACUUUACGGACAUUUUAGAGAGCUAAAUUCUGGCAAAUGAUUCUGUCUCGUGACAAAAAAGGUGAACAAAACGUAUCGAAUAUCAUAUUGAUCAGCUUCGGGUCAAUGUGUUAAUGAGAAACUAAAGAAAAAAUUGGUUUCUGUUCUUUUAUAUUUGAGUUUAGAGAGCUUGAGCUAUUCAACCUGUAUGAACAUUUCAGAAACGAACUACAGGAUUUCAUUAAGUGUAACCUUCAAUAACAACAUUAUCACGACGAGCAGUUCCUACUUUUCGGCGAAGUCCGUGGCGCAGGUCGAAAACAAUCAGUGAAGCUCCAAGACCUUUCGGCGGCGCGCGCUUUUUAGCUCUGCUUUUUUUUUUACUGGCGCGACGGACUCCAAAAGAAGGGAGUGCACGUAAUCUAUAACAGUACAUACUGAAAUUCACCGUGACCAGAGACUCAGUCACGUAAUUAACUUGUGUACUUUCCCAUUUAGAGAAGGGAGCGAUAACGUGAUUUUUUGCUCGAAUUCUAGCCUUGUUCCUUCAGGCUAUCAGCUGUGUUUGCGCUUGAAGGAAGCAGAGAAAAACAAGACUUCAGAUCAGCCAGAAGAAAUGUCCAAGAUCCAGUGCAAGGUUUCAAGGCGUGCAAUGAUGGCAUCGCCGACGCUGUACAAAAGCCCAGGAUCCCAAGGAUAUUGAUGGGAAGAAUGCCCCUUUCUGAGUUUGUUCAAAAAGCUGGAGAAGCUUGCCAGCUGGUGUGCGAUGUCACGGCGCUAAGAGAUGGUAAAGCGUUCUUCCAAGCGGUCGUAGAUAAUGAGCGGAAGUGUAAGAUAGCUUUCUAUGUUGGCCUUUAUGGUAAUACUGAUUCUUAGCCAACGCGCUUAAACACAUACAACCUCUUUGAUAGACAAAUAAAGAAGGCACUGAACACAAGCAAAGAGUGAGAGGCUCGGAAAAAAUCCCACGGCACACAAUCCGUGUGGAACAGCGUCAGCUGAACCACUUCUUAGAGUUCACAAAGAGGCCAUAUUACUAUCAAGACGUAGCGUAAGGCACUUGCACCAUCAAACUUAAAGGCGGUGAGAGGUUUGUCUUGUCUAACGUGGUGCGCACAGUAGCCACGUUUAUACAUGGCCAAUUGCAAAGAAACUGAAUUUCAACCGAUAAGUAAAUCCACCAUGUGGAGAGUACUAGAAGCUCAAGAUGCCACACAGAGGAAAUCAUUGUGGAGUCUAAAAAAUAGUGAGGGUGCGGAUGGCUUUAGAGAUUUUUUUUCCGAACUAUAGACGAACUAGAACGCAUAGGAGCAGAGCGUUUGUAGUUCCGCAGUGACUCAACAUGCACAGAAGCCCAUUACUUAAUGAGCUCCUGACAUGCAUAUAUACAUUUAUGCUUUAGAGUCGGAUAUAAGGAGCCAAAAGAUGUCAAUGGAAAAUUCUUAAGAAAACACAAAGUUCAGGAGGAUAAACUCACCAGAUGACGCACUGAACAAAGUCAUUAGAGCAACAAAAAAGCGACAGAAAAAGUUUCCAUGGUUCCAACUUUGCUCUCAAGGCGUGACUAGGCUAAAAUUCCUAGCAAAAAAUCACGUUAUCGCUGCCUUCUUGAAAUGGGAAAGUACAUAAUUGAGUUAUGUGACUAAGUCUCUGGUCACGGUGAAUUUCUGUAUGUACUGUUAUAGAUUACGUGCAGUCCCUCCUUUUGGGCUAAGUCCUUCGUGCGAGUAAAAAAAAGAUCAGAGCUGAAAAAAGAAAAAUAGAUGUUGGUGGACCGCCGGAAGCUCUUGGAGUAAGGCACUAAAGAAGAUACUGUUCGUAGUGGUAAUGCUGUUAUCGCUGGUUAAACUUAAUUAAAUCCUGUAGUUUGGUUCUGAAAUGUUCAUACAGGUUUAAAUAGCUUAAGCUGCUUAAAUUCAAAUAUAAAAAGAACACAAACCAAUUUUUUGAAAAAGUUUCUCAUCAACACGUUGACCGAACGCUGAUCAAAAUGAUAUUCGAUACGUUUUGUUCACCUUUUUGGCACGAGACAGAAUCAUUUGCCAGAAUUUAGCUCUCUAAUUUUAUCAUUCUAAAAGUUCAGCCCUUCUUUUUAAAACCGUUAAAAUCUAAGAUUUAUAAGGCUACCAAACGGUCGGAGUCUUCUCAACAGAUAAUUUGCAUAAUUCUGCUGUCACACUAGCAAAAUCACCUAAAGUUUGAAGUCACUAAGGAGAAGAAAACUAAUAAGUGCAUGUUUUUACAUUUCUAUGCUUUCAAACCUCUUAUCAGAAGAAACCAAGCGGAAUUUUUCAAUGGUCUGCUCUGGACUUGAGAAAUAUCACCCUAAGAAAGAACGAGUACUUAUGACCAAUUUCAGAAAGCCGUCUAAAGGGUGUUUUUAAAUAAAAUUAUGCUGAACCUCUGAAUAAACACAUGUCAAAAUUGAAACGCUAUCCAAAUCCCUUACAUAUCACACAAUUUAGGAAUGCAAACGAUUUCUUGCUGCAUGUAGUGUGUGAGCUUGUCAACUUUUGAAAUUGUCGAUGUCUCAAGAGGACAAAAAAGGGCCUUUUGCAGCUUUGAUUGUUGAGAGCUGUCAAAAAUUUUUUUCAACGUAUUUCCAGAACCCUUUGUGAUUUUAUUUAUUUACUACCAAAAGUAGUUUAAUGAGCAAAGUUUGAGGCAAAACGUUUUCCGAUGCGAAACGCCUUGGACUGCACCUACAGAGAUCGCCGCUUAAAUAUUAGAGAAGAAGAAAGGUGGAAAGAGAGGGUACACAUUGUCAAUUGGAUGUACAUGCAUGGUUGGAUCAGUUAUUACUUAUCGUAAUCUCAUCCCAGCGAGAGCACGUAUGCAAGUGUAAUGAAAGAUCGCAGCAGUAGUGAAACUGUGUGACCAAAACAAAACGUGGCUCACGUGUUGCAGCCGAGUUUGUUUCUGCUGGAAUGUCUGAUUUUUCAUUUUGUAAGCCAACAAAGUUUAUAAGUAUUGAAAGCUUAUAUACUUCAAAAUAGUUCAAGAGCGGGUUCUUUUCUCUCUUCACAACACGGAAAUUUGAUUUGACGUAAUCUAUUGUCUUAGUAGGACUCAUUGUCGCUAUUCUUAGAAAUGAAUUGUCAUUGGCUCAGAUAAAUCACGCCACUCUCUGACUUGAAUCGAACUUCGAUCUUGGCAGAAGAGAGUAUUACGACGAAAGUAUCACAGACCUCCAAAAUAUACAACUAUGGUACAAACGUCUGUAAAUUUAAAGUCAGUUCAUUUACAUCACAGCAUCUCUGAACCGAAAAAUACUUGGACAUCAGCCUUCACUAUUGCAGGAAUUAAAAAGUAGCUCGGAAAAUUUGCAGUUGCAAACGACUUUGACACGAUUGAGGCCACGCGAAUUUUGUGUGGAGCGUCAAUGAAGCUGAAAAGAUAUGUGCUUGGUUACUUCAAACUGCAUCAGGGACAUUUUCCAGCUUGUGAAACGACGGUCGUGAGCUGCACUAUAGUGUACGCAGUAUGGUUUGUUCUGCUGCUUCCUUUGAAGCACAUAAUCUGAUGCCCUGGAACAGUUUUGUUAGUAGAGGUAGUUGGUUUACCUUGUUCACCGUUGUGAUUUUCGAGAACUUAAAUUUCGCCUCAAAUUUAAAGAGAUCCGCUUUCAAAUUUAGUUUGUAUUCGGUAGUAUAUGCUUAGUUACAUUUGGAAAGAUGAGUCAGUCAUCAAACGCCUGCGGUACUCCGCCUUAUCGGUAGAGAAAUCAUCAAACACCAAUUUUAUCUAACAGGUAAACAUUACGAACAGUAAUUCUUAAGCGAAAUUACAUCGAACGAUAUUCCGUGUGAACAUUUCAUCGAUCGGAUCUUGUCGUAGCACUCUCGUGAAGCAAUCGACCCUCCUCGUUGUACAUCUGUACAAUUGGUUAAUAUUAACUGUUAUUCACCUAACAGUGCAACUUUUGGUUAUGAAUGUUUAAAGAACGCUUUGCACGAACGAUAUAGCUUUCACAUAAAUCAUUAUAUUCUCCAGUAAUCAAAGAGGACUCGUUUCGUUUCAGCCCAGAGCUUGUUGCUCUCAUCUUGCCUCUACUUCGAGGGCCAUGAGUCCUGCCGCUCAAAUUGCCGCGAGGAAAAAUUGCCUUGGCCCUCUGUUAAAGAAGUUAGUAAGGCAGAACCUCAAUCUUCUCAGCAGUCUAGCUGGACUUUUUAUGCCGAGGAACAGGCUUACUCAAAUUUCUGCCAGGUCAGAAUAUGCCAUAUAUGUUUGAAAUUCUCUUUGUCAGCUGAAAGGUUGAUUCUGAGCUUCGGGAGUUUUGUUACAAUGCUCAUUGUUUUGUAAUUCUGAACUCUUUGAUAUCCAGGAGUACAUUCAUUUUGGCUAUUUGUAAUGAAUUGCGGAAACCAAGCAAAGCUAGAUCUCAGCUGUGCAAUUUUGAGCUUUUUUGUUGCUUCGUCUCAUGAACUUGGAUAAAUGUUGAUGUGCAUGCAGCUUGUGCUGGCUCAAAUUUUACAAGGUUCAAAGAUACAAUUACUGGUUUAUUUUGCUAGCUCGGCAGAAGAUUCUGAAUUUAUUUUCGGAACUGCUUUGAAACAUUUACCUCUUCGAUAUCUUUCAUCGUUUUUGUGUUAUCAACUUUUAUCGAUUGCAAAAACCAUUAGGGGUUGAAUGCCGCUCUCUUCAUUUUUUUUGCUACUGCUUCGAUGUUAAACUAAACUGAGUUCUCUCUAAGUCGGGCUUGCUAAAUAUUUUGCAAAAUUUUAUUCUAAAUAUUGUCAUUGCCAGUAACGCGAAUAAAUUUUAGUGCAACGUCGAUAACUUUGUUGUCGUUUUGUAACACUAAACUAAUUGAUAUAAGUGUACAGUGGUUUUCCUCUGGGCAUCUCUCUUAAAUUGCAAAGAACUAAAAGAGUUAAGCCACUCUAUUCUUCAGCUAUUGUGUUUUUGGUGCGACAAUAAACUUUGCAAGGUUUUGGUCUAAGACUGUUGUAUUCAUUUGAACAGCGGUGUUUAUGCUUCUUUCUGUAGUGACACCAAUCUGUGUAAACAAAUAUUACGAAACUACAAAAAGUUGAAGUUUGGUAAAAAAAUCAAAGUCAGACCAGUUCUGCUUGCUACUUUUUUCAAAUUCGAAGAGAAGUGUUCCUCACCGUGAAACAGUAUCGCCACUAAUUCUUCUUUUUGCUGCGCUCGACUAAAGCUGCUCAGUAUUUGUUCAUCCUUUAAAAAAACGUACUUCGUUUGUCUUUUUUCCCUCUGCUUCUCGAGCAGGGAGGAUAUGUCUUCUCAAUAUUUUCUCGAGCAGUUUUAUUGACGCCCAUUCAAGAGAAGGUCUACAUCAAAUUGCAUUCAGACCACACCCUCCUAUAUCUUGUACUGCAUUAGGUGUGCCAAAAACAACUGUAUAUCAGUUAACAGUGGGAGACCGAACGGUCGGUUAAUGGCAAUUAUGGUUUUCUUGAUUCUCGUUGUUUGAACUUAACAGCGAUCAUGAAAACUUUACGUGACAUAUUUUCUUUUAUGACACUGGAAAAGUAAAUCCACUAUUAUCGAGUAGUUUGAGAAAAAGAAUCAUAUAUUUUUUUCUCCUAUGGGUAAAGCAAUAACCACGAAGCAUCUGCUAUCAAACACCAUCCUGACAGUUUAAAUAACACUCACCAUGCGUUGACAAAUGUGGGUACUUCACAAAUCAAAAUUUAGGCACCUUUCCUUUGGGACUGAUCUAAAUCUGCAGGCAAUAAAAUGUUAAAGCUAUGUUAUAAUAUUAGCUCGACUUAUAGGGGUCUUUCAAAGAGACAGGGCAAGUCAGAGAGAUAUUCUCACAUUUUACAUCCGUUGGACCACAAGGAAACCAUUAUAGUUUCGAAAUCUUCGUUUUCUCUCCUUCGCAUAGUCAGCCCCUUGAAUCGUGAAAUUUCUUUCAAGUGGCGCAAUAUUAAAGAUAAAGUUAAAGCUUUUCGAUUCACUAGUUCUUUUUGGAUUCACCAUAGACAUUUACAGAGUCAUAUUACAUGUAUCAAACCUAUGUUAAUUACGCUAAACACACCUGCUGUAAGCUUCAAUUAUGGGAGUAAAGAGGAAAACAUAGAAGAGCGGCAUGCCGAGUUUUUGUUCUCAAGAAGUAAGAAAACAAAUUCCAUUGUAUUUGGCUUGAAAUCCUUGACAUUAAGAAGUAACGCCACCGCUGAAUGCCCAAUCGUAUGUAUUGAUGCUAAGUUGUUAUGCUAAUUUACUCCAUAAUCGUUUUUGACAUUUUUCAAUCAAAGGUUUAUUCACAAGCACUUUGAUAAUAGUGCCAUGACGACGUCGAAUCGACCUUCGAUUAUAUCGUGAGUGGCGAUUAUGUUUUGUUCGCAUAUCCAUCUAAAACUGUCAUAAAUUUGUUUGGGAAAGUGAAAGAGAUCUUGCUUUGUGAGGCAAAAAUUCUCCAAAGAUUAGUUAAGGUCAGUCAAAUUUUUAUUGAUUACAUCCCGGUUUAGUAUACACUGCUGUCGUCUGGAGGGAACAUGUUUGUAGAUACCGUAGUCAGCAAAGACACUACAUUUCAUACAUUUAAAUAGCGCUUACUCACGGCACUCGGUCAUACUUGCUUAAGAUGACAUGUGCAAAUUUCUGCAAUCGUUGUGUAUAAAAAUAUUGUUGCUUCCUCAAGAUUCGUCAGUUCUUAGGGUUUUUUGGGGUAUGAUGAGAAAAAAAGCUGUUAAUCCUUGGAAAUAAGCUUAAUUGCGUUUCCAUACUUUUAAAGAAAGUAGCGAAAUUAAAGCACAACCGGCGUGUUUUUGCCGGCCAUUAAUUUUGGCGAAAAACAUUCAGCAAAUAUCAAUAGAUAUCAGUGCCAAAGAUAGAUCAGUGAAAACAUUCAAGGGUAAUCAUCUUUUUUUGAUUCAUUAAUUUAUUCAACUUCUACUAAAACAAAUUAUUUCAGAGUUACUGGCGAAGAAUUGAAUCGAACUGAAUUCAAGACGGAGAUUGAAUUUCCGGGCGUAUUAUUAACAAAUGCAUGCAUCAACAAACCUCUGAAAUCUCUGUGAGCGGUAGCUAUCGCACUUCUCUUUAGAGAUCUCUCACCAUAAAUAACUAGAAAAUAAAUAAACAUUGAUAAAAGAUAAAAGGAAAGAAAAGAGAAGAAAAGAGAAAACGACAGGAAUUUUCCCAGUUUAAUUCUCGAGAGCGUAUUGAAGGCUGAUGCAAAGUAACCCCAAAUAGUGUUACCCGCCGAUUUUAAAUUUUUAUGUGUGACAUUCGCCAAAUUAAAUCGUCGAGAAUUGGAAGAGACUUUAGAGUAGCGAAUUUAGUUGUCAACUGAGGAUGGAUUUCUUCAAAUGCUGCUCUGUGACCCCGUGAGAAGUGUGGCGUGUUUUUAUUCAGCUAAUAGGAAGGCAUGUUUUACCAAGUUGCACAUUGUGAUUUUUUUACGCAUCAUGAAAGCUAGUCCCGGAUGUUAUGUUAGCAUGCAGGCGAAAGCUUUAAUGUUUUCAUUUCAGCCGCUUAUCCACGGCACCCAACUUCCUCGUUCUUUUUCAUAGUUUGAUCUCUUUAUGCAUCCUAUGUCUCGGACACCAUAUAAACACUGUCACAAAUGAUUACUGGGUUACAAAGAUAUUCUUGGUUUUGAAGAAAUGCCAUGGCUGGCAUAUAAACAACCGGUCGACAUAAGCAAACCUGACCACAUACGGCGGUACAAUGACCAAAUGAAAUAAUUGUUUGGCAUCUGUCACGAAAGCUUAAUUUUGAAUAGAAAGGAGAGUUAAACAAGUCAAGCCUGAGGUAAAUCGCAGUGAAGAUCAGAAGAAAAGUACCCGCAUGUGUUAUUCAAAAGACUUGAAGAGAGGAUACGGAAGGAAAACCGGGAGAAUUUCUCAAUUCUACAUUUAAUUUGCCGGUUCGGUCCUAGUACCCAAUGUAAUUAGAUUUGGUUUUGGAGUCCGAUUUUACAACAGAUGGGCAUCGAAUUAUAUUAGUGACGGUCCUGUUUCAGUUGAGAUUAUAAAGCGGGGCUAAUUGUUUGAUGAAAAGUGAAAUUGAAAUCAGAAACAAAUGAACGAAAAAAAGGAAUUAUGGAAUUAUAUCCGGAAUAUCAAGGUAGUUUUACAUUAUAGUGAUACAACGUCUUUGCUCCUUUUUUUUUAGCUCGUGUUUAUAUUUUACUUAUUUACAUAUAUUUGACUUUCAGCACUAUUGAAAGCUUUCAUGCAACAAAUGAGAGAUAAUUACUUAUUUUCAAAUGUGACAUUUACAUUAACUACAUCAUGUUUACCUUUCAAGAGCCUUCUCAAAAAUCAAUAUCAUAAUUUUUGUACCGAAGUAAUUUCAUUUAUAUUUGACAUUCUUAGAUCGCAGACGAAGAACGAAUGUAAUCACAGUAACCAAUUUGAAGUAAGGUAAAUUCACAGGAGACCAAUAAGAAUUCAAUUUGAACGGCUGGAAAACGCGACUGUUCAAGUCGCGAUUGGCUUUACCUUUGCAUCUGAUCAGUUGAAAUGGUGGACGCGAGUUCGCGAGACCAAUCUUACGGCGUUACAAAGCAACAAUACCGGUUUACUCCCGAUGUUGAAUUGCUGUGGCUCCAAAGAAAGGUUGAGAGGCGACUAUAAAAUUUCACAGAAAUUAUCAGGAAGUAAUGUGCUUGAACUUGACAUUCGUUCGACUUAUGAAAAAGCUCCAGCGGUGCUCUGUUUAAUUUAAGGCAAGCAAGAAGUGAACUGAGAUUGAAAAAAUUUUUUGCGUCUGGGAAAAUCAUGAAACUUUCUUGAAUACUCAAAUCAAUCGAAUUCUUCAGCACUUUAAAAGACGAGAAAUCCAAAUUAUGGCUUUUAUUAAUUAUUAUGUUAUCAUGGAUUUAUUCAUUUCCCCAAUCACUUUCCUCUUUUAUUUGAUUCAUCUUUUUCGAAUUCAAAAACGUGAGUCUGGAUGCGCUCUAAUGAAUUGAAUUGUUCCAAGGUAUUUGAUUGCCAACAAUGGAGAGGAAUGUAAUUUAAACCAACUUUCUACGACUAAAUGCUUAAUAUACGAACGCGUUAAACUUCUUUUCUAUUAAGAGGGUAAUAAGAAUGUAAUAAGCAGAAGAAAACUCAAUAAUAGCGAGACCAACAGCACCCAGCUUUCGGUUAACUUCACAGACCGCUGAACAGACAAGAAAAGUAACGUAAUAGGUAACUAAAAAGUCCCAAACCUUAAUAAGGAUGGUCUGCUGCAUAUAUUAAAAUCCACGGUGCGAAAAGAUGUACAUAUGAUCUAUGAAAACAUCUGCGUGGUUCAAUUGAUCCUCAUGUUCUGUCUCAGACAAGUUGAACAUUUUGGCAAGAAUUCAAAACAAGCCGCUUCAAGAAAUUAUGUCGGGGAAUUUAGGUGAUUUUGGUUGGUAAAAUGAUACCGUAGAAAGCUCUUUCUUCUCAGCCUGCUGGAGGUGAGGGCUUCCAUAUUUUUCCAAUUUUUCAUGAGUUUAAAUCAUAAAGGAUUUGCGAAAAAGCUUUCGUAAAGAUGGAAUUCAGAUCAACACCGGCAUAAUGAACUACUACUGCUACUUCAAAUUUUGUAGGUAAUGCUGUGUUAUGAGAGAAGCAUGUCCAUAAAAACAAAAUUGAUAAAAAAAAUUAAAAAAAAAGAAUAUAUAGCAGUUGUUGUAUUUUGAUGAAACAGCGCCUUAUGAACUAUGCAGUCUUAUUCAAACAGCUCUUUACUUGAAUAUGAAAUCGAUUCAUUAUUUGCAUUUUUUGAACCGUCGCUAAAAUUUGGAUAGAAGAAAAAAAUAAUGUGGUGUUGUCUUUAUAGCACGGAAAAUGCAUGUCUUUACCCAAGGCGUUGAGGAAAUUGGGUAAUUUUUGAUAAAUAUGGAGGGCAUGAAACGCUGCAUUUCAAGUGGCGGUUGCUGUGUCGUAAGAGAAUUGAAGCAUUGUAUGAUUGUCUGUACAGUGUUUAGGAUAUUUAUGUACACAACAUGCUUCACUUCGAGAACUCUUUGGCAGGUUACUUCUUGUCCGUAAUACUUCCCGUGUGAAUCUAUUUAACAAAUCAACCACAAUUUUUUAUUGUCUGUUCUUUCCCUGAUCAUUAUGCGUCAUAAAAUAUUCAGAGGACAAACAAAGAAGCCUCCUAUGGAUAGCUGCCUGAUCGAUUUUUUUUUGCCAAGCUUUGAUGGCCCCCUUCCUAUGAUACAAAAUGAUCAGACAUUUUAGGGAGCAAUGCUGAAAAAAAGGCACUUUAAAAACCUAUUCUACAACCUCUCGAGACUGUUUUUGUUUCCGUAUUUGCAAUUCUCUUCCCGAGUCCAACGACCAAUGGUUACUUUAAUUAACAUCAGUUUUGGUAUGACUAUAUCUUUAAUUGACAAAAUUGUGCAAAUUAAAUUUUCAAGCGAGGUGGCUUGUGGUUUACUUUUAACAGCUCACCGCAAAUUUUGGUUGCUCAUUGAGCAUUCAAGGCCGUAAAAAUCUUCAUAAAUAUUUGACAUCUCAGACGGGAGGAAUUAGAGGCUUUAUCAUCAGAUAGACGCAAAUGCACUAACAUUAAUAAAAAUACAAUUGUUGCAGCCCGUAUAAGGAAAUCGUGGGCAUUGAUUACUGUAAAAUUUCACGGUGUUUUCAGUUUUAAUCCACUGCCUCUAACUUGUAACACAUAGCCGUAGUUUUCUUUUGUUGCAUAUUGGUGUGAUUAGAAUUAGAUUACCUGAAUAAAGCCCUUAGUCUGAUAGGUCUCAUCAGGCAAACGACUUCUUUGCCUUAUAGCGUUGGUGAUGUUUUUAUGGCAUCGUGUCGAGGCAAUUUGAAAUUGGUGGUGAAAACAAGCCACAGACCUACCAGAUAUACUGAAUAGAAGAGUUUUGUGGCCUCCUUAGUCACAGAUUAGUCACAGGCGUUAUUCAUGAUCGGAGCAUGCCAUCAAACACAAAAAAGUAUUCCUUACCGAUAAACAUUAGGCCCAGUUGUACAAAGGGCGGAUAACGCUAUCCAACGGAGAAAUCGCUAUCCAGCCGAUAAGUGAUGGCAAAACGUAUAGCGUUAUCUACCGGAUAGAGAGUUAUCCAGUGAAUAGAGUUAUCUGACCUUCGAACAACCUGGGCCUGCGCUAUAGGAGUUGGUGGAAGGCAGCAGCAAUCUUCCAUAAAAUUAACGGUUGUUUUUGAUCGAUUGCAAUCUUGCAAUUGUGAGUAAGCAGAUCACAGGUGGCCCAAGAUCCAGCUGUGGGAUGAUCAUCUUGCGAAUUAAGAGUCAUGGCGAAAUUAUAAGAGUUUGUAUGGGAAUAUUUACGACCGCUCCUAGGAAUAAAAAAAUACAAUCAAAUUCUCAAUAAAAAUACCUCACCUUACUUCCACAGUGCAUCGCUUGUCAUCUGACCGCUUACUGUGUUGAAAAGAACUGAACCCAUUUUAGCGAGUUAUCCAUUUCAAGGUUUACUACGCAAAUAAGGGCUGUGGUUGGGGAAUUGUGUUUGGGUAAUUGUGGUUCGAACUUGAAGGCAAUAUAAAACUGAAACCUCGUGAGUCUCACUUAAGUUCGAACAUUUUUUCUAUAAUCAAUAAGGUUACAGACCACGGGAAACUUUGAUCGAUUUGUUUAACUUACAAAGUGUGACAGAAAUAGCAAAUUAAAAUGUCAAAUGUUGAUCCCAACAAGAUUGAAAUUAACUUAAAGGUAUACAAGAAAACUCGUUUAAAAAUUAACAGAUUUAGGUUUGUCUCUGUUCAGGUGAUGCAUAACCAGCAUUGAUCCUCUGCACGAUGGUCGUGUCUGAUACAGCUAAUUACGUGAUUACCGCCAUACUGUUAACGCUUGUCGCUGUGGACAUUGCAGGAAAUACAUUGCUUUGUUUGAUUAUAAAACGACACCUUCAGAUGAGGUAAUCACCAGUUACACUCCACUCUUCGUAUGUUCCUUCCUUCUACUUCUCUGUAUUUCAUAAUAGAUACAAUUUUCGGCAUAAUCAUGAUGAUCAAGGAAAGUUUUUAAGAUUUACCGCAUAAUACAUUUACGGGUUGUCUCUUGUGUCUUUUACUUGACUGAUAUCUGGUAGAAAUUCUUUUAACGUCCGUUAUCUUAAAUCUAGAAUAAGUGUUUCUGAUGUUUUAGAAAAUGUUGAUUCUUAGAAAUUUCUGCAGCGAGUGAAACUCGUUUGAUUACAAGUCAAUGCUUUAAUGCCUUUGGAAUUUCGGUAACGGUAUUUUACUUUACGAAUAAAAGAAAACUCGAUUAUUAUGUUCCUUAUUGACCUUUCUGAGUUCGCUCUUUCACUCCAAAGGAUUCCCAUAAAUUAUCUACUCGUGAACCUGGCUAUUUCCGAUAUCCUGUAUGCAACAUUUAUCACACCCAAGAUUGUUGUAAGCUUCAAUAUAGUACACCCGGAUGGAACUGCAGGCUCAGUCCUGUGUAAGUUGGUGACAGGUGGAAAUCUGGCCUGGCUUCCUGGAAUUACCUCAGUUGUUACUUUGGUAGCUAUUGCUGUUGAACGAUAUUAUACUGUGCUUUAUCCACUGGAUCCAGAUAGAAAGCUGACCCACCGUAAGCUUAAGGUGAGUUAAAAAACAUUCCCGUUGACAAACCAGGUGAAAGUACUUUCUAAGGUCUCUGACAAGCUAUUAUUGAAAAGAAAUAAUGUAUCAGCAUUUUCUGUUCGCGUCGAAGAUUAAUUUUCAUGAUAAUAGAUCUCUGGCUGUUUAAAAACACACUGGGAGAGUAAUCCGAUAUCAGAACUUUAAACUACCAAUCACUUCUAAGUCCCUCAAGAAAUAUCAGGGAAAGUUAACUUGGAAUGGGUAAUAUUUGAAAAUAAAUUCAUCUACGCACAGACUCAAACGUGAAAUUCUUUUGGACUUAGUAGGAUUGAGAAAGAAAAUAUUCGUUUAAAACAUUGAUAGCAGAGCUAGCAUAAUCAUCGUCAAUUUCAUUUACAUGGUAAAGCAAGACUGAUUGUCACUCCUCAUGCAAUACGCAUGGUCAGUAUUCCUUAUGCCGUCAGUACAUUUAACUGAAUUAAACGUUUUUGAUAUUCUUAAGGACAUAUGUUAUUCCUUAACUUGAAAAAUAUACUCUAAUAAGAAACAAUAAAUGAUUCUAAGCGUAUUAGAAUUCGAAUUUUUUUUAAUUCUAAGGGUGUGCAUGCUCACUCGGGAUAACCCCAAAAAAAUUACACCUCGGAUUAAAAUUUUUUGGAAGAAAAUGAAACUGUUCCAUGAAUUAACUUUUCAGGUGAUCGUCAUUACUUCUUGGCUGUUCUCAAUAAUUUUCAACAUACCAAAAUUUCUCGUCAGGACAUUUGAUAACCAGAAAAAUCAUUGUGUGCAAACCUGGCCCAAAAAGUGGAUGAUUAAAGCUUACAGCUUGGCGUGGUUGUUUCUGGUUGUAGUUUCCGUUGGCAUAAUGAUUGUGUUAUACUCUAAAGUGGUAUACACGUUAUGGUGCAAACCCAAUGAUGGCAACCCACUAAACUAUCAACAACAGGUGAGUUAAUAAUUUCAAAUUAUGUCUGGAAUGGCUAAACAAAUUCAGCUUAUACAGAGCCAGUUUUGCUUGUAAGGCUAAAGUAGAGUUAAGUUAAAAAUAAUCCUCUUUGUGGUCAUUUGUUAGAACUCCAGUGAGAUUCACGGCAUGAAAUCGCAAAUUUACGCAUCUUUAACUCUUGCGUAAAGAAACGUAAAUAUAAAGCCUCUUCUUUACGGACAAGUUCCGCGUUCCGUAAAGAUGCGUAAUUGCAGAGAAAGCGUAAAGACUGCGAAGAGAAUAUUAAAUGUUCGUAAAGGAUAAUGAUCAAGAUGGAUAUAAUUAACCACUUUCUAUUUGGAGAAAUACUCAAAGAAGUGAAAUAAUCAUGGCUCAUCCAUACCGAAGUAUUUUGAUCAGUUUCGCUUUUAACACUUAACGCGUCUUUAAUAUUCUUUACGCAUCUUUACUCGCUGUCCUUUACGAACCUUUAACAUUCUUUAACAUUCUUUACGCAAAAUCAAUCUUUACGCGCCGUUAGUUCUCUUUACGAAUCUUUAGUGUUCCUCAAUGACCCUUAACUUUUCCUUUGCACAACCAGUCUUUAAUUCUCUUCCUGCAUCUGUAUUCUGUCUUUUACACCGGUUCUAAACUUUCUGUUCGCAUGAAUAUGUUUAAACUACCUUUUUUUUAACGCGCCUUGAAACUCAUGAUCAGGGAGUUGUCGUGAUGAGACAAUCAUGUUUUUUUCCCAUAAAAUGGACCUUGCAAUGACGUGUAGAAGCGUGAUGCUCUAAUGUUUGUAAUAAUAAGCUUGUCGAACUUCAAGAUCCGGCUGUCAAUGGUUCUAGCAUUGUUUUAGUCCUCGGGACGUUUGAUGAAGAGUCCCUGGGGACGAAAAUACAUACAAACGAGGCUGCCGCAGAUCGGCGGGAGAGUAUAACAGGUACUUAGUGUUAACAACUGAGUUUAAAACGUAAAUUAGCCACCGUUAAGAGUUAAAAGGCUGACGUUUCGAGCGUUAGGCCUUCGUCAAUCGCUCUGGUGAAGCUCUUACACUCGAAACGUCAGCCUUUUAACUCUUUACGGUGGCUAAUUUACGUUUUCAACUCAGCUGUUGACACUAAAUUACGCCUUUAAUUCCGAUGAUUCUUUCGACAAGCUCGGUACUGUUUGAUAAAGGGUCGUGUUCACGAGACUGCAAUGAGCCUAUCAGAAGGUGAGACAUCAUAUAUUUGUAUUCAUGGCGCGAAUAUUAGCGUCCUUUUGGCGUCGUUUGCGAUUACUCCUGGCUUUACUUUUGGCGUCGUUUGCGAUUACUCCUGGCUUUACUUUAGGCGAGUGAAGUGAUCAGUGGACUCUUUUUCUUUCGAAAUGUCAAGAAUUUCCGACCACAUCAGCGUGAGCGACAGUUUUACUGUGUUACUGGACGAUUCUUUAAAAGAAAAUCAAUCAUUAAGAGAGCAAUUGAGGCAGCGCGAUGAAGAAAAUGCCUUAAAGUGCGAAGAGCUUUCAAACAAAGCGGACUCUUCGUGUAAACUUGUCGCCGAGAACAACUCGGGCAGCAAGGAAACGAAAUCAAAGAAAGGUAACUCAAAGGACAAGUGUGCCUACAAGCUGUGCGAAACCAAUGAGACAUUUUGUAUACUUAUGUAAAAAUAUUUAUAUUUAUGAUAUUUGUAUUUUUCAGUUCUUUCCCGUGUAUAUAAAGCUCUGGCUACGUUACUGUGAAAAUUACAAAAUAAAGUUAAAGAGUUAUGACAAUAAAAUAAAUUUCAAUGUAUAAAACACGUGUUGUUAUAUAUGGGUCAGUCCUUGAAAGGCAUGUACGGCAUCGUUUUACAGAAGCGUAAAAUAUCGCAAACGUUCUCGAUACGACUUUUGGCAAUACGCGCUAAGAUAGCACAUUAAGUUGAUGUUGUCACGAGCUCACAUUUGUUAUGGCUUGAUUGGCAAAAGGGAAUGUUGCCCAAAAAUUCAGACAACUGCAAAAUGACAAAUGGGCAUGUAAAUAUUUCCCAUUUACGAUAGUUUAAUAACGCGUAAAGAUCGCCUUUCUGAUCGCUUUACAGUUGCCGUAAAAUAUCGUAAAUAUUCUCUAUACGACUUUUUACAAGGCACGUUAAGAUAACGUUUUUAGUCUCUCUCCGUGAUCUUUACGUACUAUCGUUUUCAAUGCGUAAAGAUAUUCUUUACGAGGGUGAAAAGAAGUUCGUAAAGACGCGUAAAGAGGAUCUUAACGCUUACUUUACGGCAUCUUUAUUAAUAACGGAUUCAUAAAUUUAUAAUUUCAUGCUGUGAUUACUUUUAAUUUGUACAAGCAUGCGCAUGACGAGUGUUUACCGCAAGGUCUGCAGCUGGGUCGCAAAAAUAUGCUACAGAGUUUUCAUUUAAUUCUUGGCCUCGAAGUCUCGAAGAAUCAUGUUGUCAACUUUACUAAGCACUCAUUCCCUUGUAGUGAACAGAAAAAUAAAAUAAUUGUAAGCCUUGAUAUCGAUCAGAAAAUUAUUGGUCAUAGCAUCUGAGCUAACAAUAUUUUCUCUUUCUUUAUAUUUGAUUCACAGAGUGUGCUUAAGGUACGGAAACGCGUCACUUUGAUGGUCCUAACUGUCAGUGUCAUAUUUGCGAUUUGUUGGGGAGCAGAGUCAAUUGAAUACGUCCUAAGAUUUCUCACGACUCUGAACAUUACGUUCGUCCAUAUUACUAUCGUUGACAUGUUGGUGUUGUUUAAUUCAGCUGUUAAUCCAUUUGUAUAUGCCCUCCUGAACCAUCAAUUCAGACAGAAGAUCAGCGGAGUGCUGUGCUGCAAAAGUUCUGUGAUAGCACCCAGGCCUCGAGCGGAAACCGGUACGGAGGAAAGUGUUGCUGAUGAAACUAGGCUUUAGUUUCUUAAGCAGCUGAUGACACAUGGCUCAGAAGCUAUUAAAGUAAUUUAGUUCUCCCUUGUUUUUAAGUUGGUCAAUCAUUCUCUUUAGAGGAAGAAGACUACAUGCACUAGAAAACUGAGCCAAAGCUAUAUUUGAGCGCGGAAUCUUUGUUUACGGCCGGUAUGGAUCAUUGAAUGCGAAGGAGUCAAAUUAAAAAUCAUGUGUGCCCAACCUGCUAUCUUUUUCCAGAAAGAAAGCUGAACAAAACUGAACAAAACUUGAACAAAACUUGAGUAGUGUUAGAGCUUCAAUAUUACCAGUAAAGUACAUUUUUACCUUUACAUACUGUGGUACAGCAAUUCCACUAUCGAUUAUAAGAUAAAUCAAAAUGUCAGGCUAGAAAAAAUAUACAUAUCACCCGAAGAAAAGAUCAAUAGCCGAAAAUACGCUCGAGUGAAGAUAGAUAUAAGCUAAUAGUAUGCUAUUCUUCUAUUCAGAAUUCAUUAUUCGCGGUAACGGACGUAAUUCCGGCUUGCAGCAGCUUUUGAAAUAGCAUAAUCAUCGCAUUCGCAGGCCUUACAUCAAGCUGAAUUUUUUUCAUGCGAAUGGUCAAUGUUAAUGUUGUUUAGCCAAAAUAUUUUAACAAGUAUAAGCUGAAGUUUGUCAACAAUGUGAAAUAAGGUAAGUUGUUAACAGUCAUAUUUACUGUAAGUUGAGCUUAGUACAAAUAUCGUUUUAUAAUUAAAAAAAAAAUUCCCAAAAAGGCAGAUGAAAACAAGUCUAAAAAACAAAACGCAGGAAAAAAAGAGAGAAAAAAAAAGAAAAAAAAGAAAAAGAGAAAAACGGAGAAAGGAAUGGAAGACAGGGAACUUUGAGGAGUUCCUUACUUUCAUCCCAAAAUCUUAGUUCUAAUCGAUCCUUCUAAUUCUCUCUAGAGAUUUAAUAGCUGCCAUAGCUAAACAUUUUAAUCGAGCACAUUAUUCCUUUCUAAUAGAGUGAAUUCGUAGAACCCGUUUAUUUUAUGCUAAUGAUUUUCACUGAGAAGAACAAUAAGCCAUUUCCAAAUUACCGUUAGUUUCAUUUUCAAAGCGAGCCCUGAUGCUUAUCCUUUCAUAUGAUUUUAAGUUUCCAUUCACAAGCAAAUUAAACACAUUUUCAUACCAAUGGUUGAGCACCAGGCAAAAGCCAAGCGUUCUCCACUGUUCCUAAUUGUCCUCUUCUUUAUCAUUUAUUGAUAAACUCAUAGGCAUAUAACGAGUCCACUCUAUUGAAUGAGAGAUAUACAUUAUAUAGAUAUCUUUUCAUAGCAGCUCAUUCAUAUCAUUGUUUGCAUACAAUAUACAAACAAUGGGUGGCUAUGACCGGAUAACCAUUAAAUAUUUGAAAAUAAAAGACUCGUUGAAACACUUGAUAGAAUAAAUAACUUUUACAUUGACGAAUAAAGAUAAAAAAAAGCACGAGUGGACGACGUCAAACUUGAUUUGAACAUCUAAUAACAGCAUGAGGAAAGAAACUGGACCACUAGCGAUCGUAUAUCUGUUAUUUCAUGCAAUUUAAAUCCUGACGCAUCUUUAACAAUUAUCUUAAUUUAAGAACUUCAUCAAUCAUUUGACUUCUUCUACGUAAAGAACGAGACUUUUCCCAUCACUACCACAAUGAUGUAGUUAAAAUUUAGGUCCUUAUUUAUGCUAAUUAUUGGUAGAAUAAUGCUUUUAUGCACUGUUUUCGGAAAAUAAUGGCAUCCUCGCAUGCAUGCUCUCUUUCAUGUUCUAAACCUCAACAACACCUCUCGCACGCUCGAAUCUCGUGAGCCUCGCCGCUCGUGCCGCACUGCUAAUAAUAGCACGCCCGUGGGCUAAACGUCAGCGAGCGUAAUGUGAUCUGGUAAGUUAAAGUGCUUCAAAAAAGUACAGUGUAAAAAAGUCAGUGUAUACCUUACUGGACCAUCAAUUCAGAGAAAAGAUUAGGGGAGUGAUUUGCUGCGCAAGUACUGCUACAGCACCACUGAAACGAAUGGGAAAAACAUUAAUAGCCCUUAUAUUAUCAGAAAAUGCAACCAAGCCUGUGGUUGCAACCGAGCCACUUCAACGACAUGAAUGUAGCUUGCAUCAAAUUUUGAAACCUUCUUCACCAAAGCACUAAUAAGAAUACUAUUUGAACGAGAACAUUUGAAGUGCUUCGUCUAAUCGGCUUACCAAAGUUGAAAUUAAUUUUGAACUGUGCAUUCACUUAAAAAGGUAAAGAAUGGUUACUUGUCAUAUAGAGGAAUAAAGGAUGAGUUACCGAUGCCAAAAUUGUCUUGAUCACUUACCAACACCCCAAGGUCAUCGCAUUUCCGUAAUAUUUCGAAAUAUUGACAUAGUGAAACAUUACCUUGACAGUUAUCUUGAUGUUAACAUCUGAAUAAACCUUUAUUUAUUUGAGGUCUACUGCCAAACACCCGAUAUCUGAUGUAGAAAACGUGACUUUUACAAUAACUCCCACAAACUGGUAGUUUCUCGAAGUUCGUGAACAUGUUCUGAGUCACAGCAUGACUGGGCAGCCCAUCUAAGUCAGAAUCUUUUUUACAAUAACUCCCACAAACUGGUAGUUUCUCGAAGUUCGUGAACAUGUUCUGAGUCAUAGCAUGACUGGGCAGCCCAUCUAAGUCAGAAUCUUUUUUACAAUAACUCCCACAAACUGGUAGUUUCUCGAAGUUCGUGAACAUGUUCUGAGUCAUAGCAUGACUGGGCAGCCCAUCUAAGUCAGAAUCUUAGCAUCAACGACGGCUGAAAGUCUUGUCCUCGGGCAAAAAAUGAUUACUUGGACAAUGGUUUUCUAAGGUGGGUUUACACGUACAGCAUGACGAACGAUAACACGACGAAUUCCCCAUUACUUGACUGUGGUUUACAUCCAUAUUUUGGGGUUAAGAGCGCUUUCAUCCCACUAUUUAGGCCAAAUUCUGUGUCGUAAUUACUCUUUCAUACUGAGGGAUAAAUGCGUGCAUGCCAAGCACUCUUACAAUACAUGUAAGUUCAACAAAAAGCUGACGUUUCGAGCGUUAGCCCUUCGUCAGAGCGAUAGACGAAGGGCUAACGUUCGAAACUUCUUUUUUUUUUUUUUUACUCUUUACGGUGUCCAAUUUACGUUUUCAACUCAGAUGUUAACACUAAAUUACCUGCUAUACUCUUCCACCGAUGCAGCACCACAGUUUCUUUAGAAACUUAGCCCCUUUAUUCAAGUUUAACAAAGUUUGCCUCCUAUCGAAUUUAGGACCUUACUACCACCGAUCUGUUGGAUUUACCUUUCUGAAUGUGACAUAGAGAAUCUAUGUGGUAUGCGGGUAUUUUAACAGGAGCUUAUUAAGAGCGACAUUUAAGGGCUAUAGAGUACAUUUAUAGACUCAAGUGGACAGUUUCUUAUGAUGCAGUAAAAGAGCAUUCAUCCACUUCAUUAAGCUGAGGUUAGGCUAUUUACUAUUUUAAUCACGAGUUUAUAUGUCUUGAAUAUUUAGAGGGUACUGAUCAUGACCCAGGGGAAAUGAAAGCGUUCUUAAGUGUUAAUGGAUUUCCUCACGCCAGACUAAUAAAUUUAAAUAUAACACGGAACUUGUCAAAGUGCACUUUCUUGAAAAUUUCACUUUUCAAAUUUUUCAUCUUCCGAUAAACACCAAUGUUUCAGCUCUUAUAGUUGUUGUUGUUAUUUUUUUCUCUCCCUUUCUCUGUCUUGUAUCUGUCUGAACACAAAGGUCACAGAGAAUCCGGCUGGUUGCUAUCUUAACUCAAAUCCAGUGCGCGUCUUUUUGAAAAUUCAAGUGAUGCUCUCUUUAAUUAAUGGCCUCAUUAAACUUAAGCUGUUUCCAUAUGGCUCCAACGUCAGAGUUCAAGGGUCAUGAAUCAAUACCAUUUAAAGAGGGUGACUUUGGGAUUUUCGGUUUUGUGAUUUUGGCUAUUUCUUUUAUCGAAUUUUUUGUUUUUGUGCUGAAAAAAUUAGGUUUUUUGGUUUUGGUGUCUCUAUCGGUUUUUCCUUUGUGGGGCAUUAGGUUUCCAGUUUUCGGAAGAGAUACUAGCGGUUUUUCAGGUGUGAUGUCCUAUUUAGUUUGUGGUUUUCCCAUUUCCCAAUCGUGAAUGUUCAUUUUCUGCAUGGGUUUUUAAUUGAUUGUACCAGAGCCCAUCUUGAUUGUACUUUGUUUUAAUAUUGUAAACUCCGCCGUUUAGUUUCAUCGUUGCCUUUGCAUGUUAGGACGGUAGACAUUUUACAGUCAAAUCUUCCGAUGAAAUCUCAAUAAAUCAAUAAAUGUUAAGUCAUGAUUACAUUUGUAAAAAUUGUCGUAAUUCAGCCCUCGAGCUGCAAGGGUAAUUUUAAUAAAACUAUCUAUCUACCUAUCUAUCUAUCUAUCUAUCUGGUUUCUCGAUGGAAAUUUUCAGAGUUAAAGGGGAGCUUUCUAAAAAAUCUGUGCAAGUUUUCCUAAUUCAAACCUCUUGAGAAAAUGGCGGUUUUGUAUGCGGUUUCAGGUUUUGAUCUGCUGCGGGUUUUCCGGUUUUGGCUGUUUUUUUGUGCGGUUUUGUGGUUUCUUGUGGAACCAAUGCCCCCUUUAAAACAUGCCAUUUAAACAAGGUGGAGAUUACUUUUUGCAGUAAAGUGACAUCGAGAGACUCUUAGUUAAGCCAUUAUUAUAGAAUCACGCUAAACAUUUUGGUAUUCAUGUCUUUGGAUACGAAUUUUCAAGGGAUUUGAUUUUCAUCUGGAAACUGAUUUGAUAAUUCUUCAGAAAAUCAUGAUUAAUCUAAUUAAUGAUAAUUUUCUGAGAAAUUAUCAAGUCAGAAGAGCAUGAAUAAAGAAUGAUUUAUACAUUGGCAAUCUAUAAAUCACUUCUAAUCUAUGUUUUUUGAAACUACGUAUCAGAAUCGCGGUACGCUUAUCCCAAUGUGCUGACCUUCUAUACCCUGAAGAUAUAUUCACUUGUAGAUCAAAAGUGUUUCUAUGGCUUUUUCCCACCAGGUUGAAUUGUCUCACAGCUCAUCACGAGAAAAUGCCUGAAUCAAUUGCCCUGACAAUUAUAAUCGUCAUACUCGUCACUGCCGACAUUGUGGGGAAUUCACUUGUCUGUUUUAUUGUGAAAAAGCACAGAGAUAUGAGGUACCAACACUAGUAGAAACCGCAUUUUCAGUUUUAAGAUAAGUUGUUACGUAUGAAGAUCUUUUUCGUUCUACAAAUGGAAGAUAAUUCAUUGCAAUUAAUCGCCGUUGGUAGUUUUAGAGUCCAAGAUUAUUUAGAAGGCCGGGAUUUAAGACGGGCGAAGAGAACUCAACUUCCGCUGGGAAAUCUUUGAGUUUUUGCAUACGUGCUCGACUAUGCAUAAAACGACAUAAUUAAUACCCUUUAUUAUUUUUUAAGACCUGAGCAGAUGUCAGCAAUAAGUUAUAAAGUACUUAUUCAAUGUUUUGUUGAUUCUGAAGGACUCCCAUAAAUUACCUGCUUGUGAAUCUGGCUGUGGCAGAUAUCAUGUUUGCGACUUUUCUGGCGCCAACAGUAAUAUUCAGCCUCGCUUUAGAUCAUCCAGAUGGCACUACUGGUUCCGUGUUAUGCAAAUUAGUGACUGGUGGAAAUGUGGCAUGGAUAGGAGGUGCGUCAUCUAUUGUCACCCUCGUCAUAAUCGCCAUAGAACGUUAUUACGCAGUCGUACAUCCCUUUGAAAGUCAAAGAAAACUUACCAAGCGUAGACUGAAGGUGAGUCUGUAAGGACAGAUAACAGAUCAACGAUAAUAAUCUUUCGAUUUAAUCACAUGUAAGUGCAGGGGGAUUUCUGAUAUGCUUUUAAGAAGAUAGUUUCUAAACAUCUCAAUUGGACUGAACCAAUAUCUUCAACGAUAGCUAAUGUAGCUUUGUGAUAUGCUGACUUCAAUAUCUUACUUUUUACACAGCUAAUUAUCCCGUGUUCUUGGACAUUCUCUUUAAUUCUUACCACCCCUUUAUUUCUGGUAAGAAAUAGGAAGGGCAAUUCUUGUGAACAACUGUGGCCUGAGGAUUGGAUGGCUAAGGCUUAUAGUUCGGUUUGGUUAGUCUUAGUAAUAAUUACUUUGGCGUUAAUGGUUGCCUUAUACACCAGAGUUGUGAACGCUUUAUGGCGCAAACAGGACAAUUCACCAACCAACAUACAGAAGGUAAGCGCUCACUAAAAGAAAUAAUUUUGUAUAUGCGUGUUUCUUUGGGUCCAAAGCCCAAAGCCCAAAGCCCAAAGCCCAAAGCCCAAAGCCCAAAGCCCAAAGCCCAAAGCCUCCCCAUGGCGAGAAUCUUAACGUUUCCUGCCCCUGAGUAUCACCCGGCUUGUUACUUCUUAUGAGCCACUUAAUUCAAAGUUCUCCUUACAAUGAUCCCCAACCAAAGCACUUAGCCGCCGAACGAUUUCUCCUAGUAAGCGCCGGGGGGCAGGGGGAGCAGCGCGGACUCAUAUUCCCGCAUAGCGGCUAUGUGAUAGUCCGAGGUCCUAUGGUUAGAUCUCCUCCUGCUACGAAUGUGUCGCCACAAAUAUUGCAUCGGCCCUUAUUUGAUUCCAUUAUUCACUUUUUUUUAACGCAGGGCGUCAUGAAGAGCCGCAAACGUGCUACCUUUAUGGUACUUACGGUUAGUUUUCUCUUUGGAAUUUGCUGGGGAACAGAAUCAGUAGAAUUUUUCUUGAGAGCAUAUACAUCUCUUGACAUCAGUUCUCUUCACGUGGCUAUAGCUGACACAAUGGUUGUGUUUAAUUCGGCACUUAACCCGUUUAUAUUCGCUCUCAUGAAUCAUCAGUUCAAGGAGAAGAUAAAACGGAUGUUCAUCUGUGACAAUCCCACAAUGGCACGAAUUCAUGCCGCUGAAAACCUCAAAAUGAGUCAACUUAACAAACAACCAACCAACAACAUCGCCACCCAGUAUUUAUCGCAUUCAAAUUUUCCUUGAAGGAAAAAGACGUUAUGCUUAAAGGUAAAACACUCAGAGCUCUGCUGUCCUAUCUUAAAGAGAGCAUUCUAGGCUAAAACGCUAGCAGUGCUUGAUUCCGGUUGGCUAGUUUCCCUCAUGUUCCCUCGAACUCCUAGUUUGAUUUCCAAGAAACACAAGGAAAUGUACUGUAGAUGUAAUUGAGUAAAGAAGACUGUGAAUAUCAUGUUCUAAAUCAUGUUAUAUACCAGAGUGUUUCGUUCUUAAGUUUUCUUAGGUCUCCUGUCGGAGGAAUAUCUCCUAUCAAAUAGUCACCACCGAGGGAAAGAGUUUUGACUUUUUGGAUUCUGGAGGGCUGAUUACUUUCAACAUUGUUUUGUCGUCACGGCAAGGGAAUGAUUAAAGAACUUAAUUGUGUGCCUUGGCGAAAAAUUGGAUAUAUUAUUAUAGAAUGGCACUGUUCUGGCCCUGACUACAACCGAAUAAUUACAAAAAGAAUGUCACCUUAUUUUUUGUAACUCAGGAUAAAACUAAUGAAUACGAAACCGGGAACAGCUUCUCCAAAGAAUUGCUUUUCAGGUCAUUAUCUGCAUCGCCGAUGCUUCCUUGCACUAUACCUUAUCGCAUUUUAAGUUUAGUGGAAAGAAACCUUUGGGGAAGAAGUUUAUAUCAUAGAAAUUGAUUUCCAAAUGGGGAUUUCGAAACUUCCUUUCAUAAUUAGGUCUCAAUUCCAAAUGGACAGAUAUUUUGUAACGGAUUUUAAACAAAAAUUCCAUCAUGGUCGUGGUUCGUGUAUGUGGCGUUAUUGCAACUGCUAGAGCGUCAAACUGAGUAUAAACUUGGAACGUCUGUGCUGCUGGGUGAUAGAUUUUUUCCAAUUGAAAUUUCCAAAUCCCAAUUAUCGCAUCACAGUCAAUUAUUAGGUAACUAAAAACCUUUAUUUAGAUAUGAUAAUGAGUAAAGCGUAUAUAAGGACAACACUAAAAGUAAAGCAAAUAAAUAAGAAUGAAAUAUGUGUACAAUUUAAAUAAAAUUGAGUAAAUUGUAGUUAUAUCUAAGAUAAAUGUAUAAUUUGAACCCUCCUUAAUCUAGUUUCGUAAAAUUACACAAUUUGAAAAUGUUUGUUUUCGCCAUUUUAUUGUUUUGAUUACGUCUUAGUGUCGUUCGUGCUGGAAAGAAUGUGCUCGUGCAGAUGAAGCAGUUUUGGGGUAAUAUUUUUGCAAUGCCACUGUCGCUGACCCAUUUUAAAAAGUACAAUAUUAGGGCAAAUGAGUCAAACUUAUCGAUCGAAUCCACCUAAUUAGUUCAAGCUGACAUCUAGAUAGACGUACAUUUCACGAGUCAUCUAGGCAUUAAGAGUAUUCCUGAAUAAAUGAACACCACCAAAUGUAAGUCUCCGUUCGUUCAUUUUACAAAAUGAUAUCACUGAAGCUAAAUGCCCGGCAAUCGAGUAAGGUCUUAAAUAGACUGAAUGCCCGACAGUUAGAAAUUGAUAUUUCUCAAAAUUUCAUUGAAGGGUUUCGAAGCGUUUUACUUCGAAUAUGACACACCGUGCUCGGUAGUCUGUUCAAGUGUCGACAAACAAGCGAUUUUUCGGUUUUAUAGGCUUGGAAGGGAAAAUUUGACCACCAAAGAACAAAGAAGUAUUUAGAAUCACUUGGGAUAUCUAAACAAACACCGAAUUUUCUUAACAGGUUUAUUUAGGUUUUCUGCAUUGUCUUCUCUCCAUAUUUACCGAACUUGAAGCUGUUCUGACGUAGGUAGCCCUUUAUAUCACUCAAGAAAGAAGUCAAAGGCAACAUUCUAUACGCAACCAAAGUGAACUCCCAGAAUUUAUGGCAUAUGUGUUUUAGUAUGGUACGCUGACCGCUGGAAAAACCGACACAAUUCUUGGAAUUAAUCACUUGGCAUUUCUAAACAAACAUCGAAUAUACUCAAUAAGUUUCAUUUGUAUGGAGUUUUCGGUGGCGUUUUGGAAAAAUUUCUUACUGCUGGUCAUAUAGUCCAUUAAGACCGUAACCGGCAGUGUAACCACAUGCUAGGAAUUUCUAAGUGGCGACAACCGAGCGAUAUUAUAGGAUGCACAAGCUCGGAGAAUUUGUCCACUCAAAGAAAAAUUAGUUUUUGGAAUCGCUUGACAUUUCUAAAGCUAACGUCUAAUAUUAUUUACAAGUAUGAAGGAACUACAGUUUAUUUAAAACCGUGCGUGGCUGCCGGGCAUUUAGCCACAUAACCUCUCUAUUCCUAAAUAGAAAGUGAAAUUAUGCUCUAUUUUGAUAACAGAUGAAAUCAGGUAUGUUAACGACUAUAACCUGGUCUCUAUACCCUUAUUUUCCUUAGCAGCUUUGGCUUAGGUGCUACAGAAGCACUUUGGCAGCAGAUCACUCCCCUGAUUUUUUGUCUGAACUGAUGGCUCAUUAGGGUGUAAACGAAAGGGUUGACGGCUGCAUUGAACAACACCAUCAUGUCAACAAUGGCAAUGUGCACAAAGCAGAUGUUGAGGGAGGUCAUAUUCCUUGGGAUGUAUUCAAUUGACUCUGCUCCCCAGCAAGUUGCAAAAAAUGACAGACUGUUAUUACCAUCAAGGUGACCCGUUUCCGAACCCUCAACACACCCUGUAAUUAAUGAAAAAAAAAAGGAAAUUCUGGUAAAUGCAGAAUCAAGUCCUUGAUUUCUCACCAAGGCUUCUUUCUCAGUAAAAGUCAAAGCAAAUGAACAUGUGAUCGAUGGGAGUGUUCCUAAUCUAAAUAAACUCCGCUUUUGCCCGACGAUUUCCAUUUAGGUUCCUUUAGUCUGCAGAUUGGACGUAAUCAUCAACUGCCGUAAUCCCCUAAAUUUACAUGACUUUAUGACGCGAAAUCCCUCCUUGUCAUGCUAAAACAAAUUUUAUAAUCUUCAAUUCCAUGAAAGGUAAUGGCAUAGAGGAAGGAAAACAGUUCUGAACUCUUGUCUAGGCCAGGGCAAUAACUAAUGGGCAAUUGAUUUUUAAGAACCUCGAUUCGAAAAGUUAUUCAUACUAGUAUACUCUGAGAGGAACUUGGGUGAUGAAUUCUUGAUAUUAAAUGAGAAGAAACCUACAAAUAUUAUUCUGAAGUAGCUUUGAUCCUGCACUACUUUCGGCACUCGACAAAGAACUGUUUCAUGCCAUGGAUAAUUAAGUGAGAGAAGUGUUGACUUAAGCACGCUCUUGUUGUUUACAGCUUAAAGGAAAGCCAUCACUUUGUUUGAACCACAUGUGGAACACGACUUGAGUGUAAAGAGAAAUCAUCAAACCAACAGCCGCAACGGACAGCAACAACCAUGCAAAACCAUAUGUUGAGGACAUCCACUUAUGGGGCCAGCUUUAUACACAGUGGUGUUUGUGGUUUUGGUAUGUUACUUCUCAUAGGUACCGACAAGAAGGAGAGGUAAGUUAAAAAUCACCGAGAAAAUCCAAGAACCAAGAACGGUAAUCUGAAAUAUAUCAAAUAACAGGAAGAUGUGUGAGUCAAUGUGUUUAGAAACUGGUGAGAUGUAAAGCGAGGGGAGGUAAAAAAAUUUCGUCGUUUCUCGUUGAAUGCGUCACUUUCUCUGCAGGCAAUCUCGUAGCCAAAUUCUAUCUUUCUGUCACUAUGCCCUAUCGACGCCAAAAUGCAAAAAUAAUACUUUUUAUCACGAUUUUAGACGUAUUCUAAUUUAUCUCCUCAAGACCAUUCCUUAAAUAAACGUGAUCAGCUUUCAAAGCCUGUGAAAGCACAGUCGUUUCUUUUGUUAUCGAGUGGCGUUACAAAGCUUUCAAGGAACGUGGAACGAUAGUAUAACAAUGAAAAGCAUGAGAACAAAUAUGUUCUAAUAAACCCUACUGGGAAUGAAUAAAGGGGUAAGUUUCUAAAGAAACUGUGGUGCUGCGUCGGUGGGAGAGUAUAGCAGGUAAUUUAGUGUUAACAACUGGGUUGAAAACGUAAAUUAGCCACCGUAAAGGGUAAAAAAGCUGACGUUUCGAGCGUUAGCCCUAUCGCUCUGACGAUGGCUAAUUUACGUUUUCAACCCAGUUGUUAAAUUAGCCACCGUAAAGGGUAAAAAAGCUGACGUUUCGAGCGUUAGCCCUAUCGCUCUGACGGUGGCUAAUUUACGUUUUCAACCAGUUGUUAACACUAAAUUACCUACUGGGAAUGGUCAGUAAGGCUGUGGAGCUAUCACCUUCCCCCGACCAAUUUAUGCCAUAACUCACCUUUACUUUACGCAUAGUAAGUUUUCUAUUUGGAACCUGUGGAUACACCACAGAAUAAUAUCUUUCGACAGCAAUCACAACCAAAAUAACGGCUGAAGAAACUCCAAAAAUCCAUGUCAGAUUUCCACCAGUCGCGAGCUUGCAGAGGACAGAACCCGUUACUCCAUCUGGGUGACUUAAACUUAAGCUGAUGAUAAGCUUUAGUGCGAUAAAAAUCGUGAAGAGAACAUCGGAGAUAGCCAGGUUCAUAAGCAGAUAAUUUAUAGGAGUCCUUUAGAGUUGAGGGAAACAAAAUAAUAACAACGAUGAAUCAAUGUGAAAGAAGUCUGAUCGCAAUGAAAGGAAUCUACAAACAACUCUGUCAAGAUCGAACUUCACCAGUAUAAUGAAAAUGUAUCUAGGUUAUUACUCUAUCAAUCCCUGAGCCAUACCUCAUUUGACGAUUUCCCUUGAUAAUCAAACAAACAAGCGUAUUACCUGUGAUGUCCAUAAUGACUAGGAUUAAGAGCACAGUGGUAAUCACAACAGAAGAAACCUCGCAGUCCACCAUUGUGACUCAAGAGUUGGUUCUCAGCCUGAAUAUCAUCAACAGCAUGCAGCUAUACCAAUCUUUAUUAUCGUGUCAUGUUCACAAAGGAAACGAACGCUCAUUAAGCGCGUCUUAAGCAAGCUGCAUCACGACAGGUCUCAAUUUCAGUACCAAGUAUAGGAAUACAAGACCACUUCAAUUACAAAAGGAGACGGUCCAAGAUAUGAAAACGUUUAAACUUUCGAAGCCAAUUAAAUUGUCUGUUUCCAAAAGAAAGGUUCAUAUCGAAACGUUUCAUCGAAUUCGACAUGAGGUCUGUGUUCAUUACGUUUUACAAAAUCUGUCUACUUCGCUGCUGGCAAAUACAGCUGGGUUUAGAUGUAUAAAGGGCGUUAAAUAAAUGCUAUCCAACGUAUAAAUCGCUAUCCAGCGAUCCAGUAUAGCUAUCCAGUAUAGCGUUAUGCACCAGAUAGAGUUUUAUCCAGUGGAUAGCGCUCUGAUCCAACCUUCGAACAACCGGGGCCUGAACUAUAUUCUAUGCACUCGGUAACAACCGACUGAUGACCAUUCCUAGAAUAUAAACAUUACCAGAUUACCGCACCAUUUUUUAGCAAUAUCUUAAAAAGAUAAUUUAGAAUGGCUCACCCGUUUAAGUUUAGACGGAGCAGUGUUAAAACUAAUUUACUCAGACAAAUCUGGAUAAGUUCCAUUUAACCUGAGGCCAAAUAGCGGGAAAUUAAUUUUAACCUUAGAAACAAACAAAAUUGUGCAUUACCAAUUUACAUUUUGCUCAGACACAUUGAAUACGAGAACGAAUAUAGAAUCGAUCCUCGCAGUUUAGAGAUUUCUGGUGAAGCGGGUUUGACCAGAUUGUGUACUUUAGUUAGCAACUUCAUGUACAGUAGUUGUAAUUUUUUUUUUUCACGCCUUAUUUCAACUGAACUAGUAGUUGAAAUAAGAUAACUUAGAAUGGCUCACCUGUUUAUGUUAAAACGGAGUGGUGUUAAAACUAAUUAACUCAGACAAAUCUGGAUAAGUUCCAAUCGAUUCAAAGCUUCCACUUCGCAGUAAAUCUGAGGCCAAAUAGCAGGAAAUUACUCUAAACCUUUAAAACAAACAAUAUUGUGCAUUACCAAUUUACAUUUUGCUCAGACACGUUGAAUACGAGAACGAAUAUAGAAUCGAUCCUCAAAGUUUCGAGUUGUUGUCUGGUGAAGCGGGUUUGUCCAGUUUGUGUACUUUAGGUAGAAGCUUCAUGUACGGUAGUUGUAAUUUUUUUGUUAGGCCUUAUUUGAACUGAACUAGUAGUUGAAAUAAGGCUGAAAAAAAUUAGUUCUGUACGGGAUUUGAACUACUAGAUCAGUAGUGUUUAUAACUGCGAAGAUCGAUUCUAUAUUCAUUAGGAACAACAUAGUUUCUGUUUGGGUUUUACUAGUGGUGUUCUUGUUUGGGUUUCUCUCCUGGCCUUGGUUUGGACUAGCAACAUAGUUCCUGUUUGUGUUUUCUGUUUUCAGUAAUCGGUUUUUAAUAGGGUAGAACAUCAACUGCUUCUCUUUGUCUGCGUGUCACAAGCUUUUGGUUCGCCUCCUGAAAUGUUCUUUCAAAUAUCGUAAGAGUAUUAGAUGUUUUAUUUUAAAUGUCAAGCGAUUUUAAAACUUAAUUUCGGUUUUAUGCGGAGGAAUUUUCUAAGCUUGAGCACAAUGUAAAAUGGCAAGUUUUUCGACACUUACAAAACAUUUCUGACCUAGUCUAUCGAGAGCGUGCCGGUAGUCAAAAAUAUUCUCCAAAUUCUCAGAGAAUACCCCAUGCAAACCCAAUGCAAGUGCUCGAUGAUUUUUUUUAGAAAUGCCAAGCGAUUCCAAAAUUUACGAUGCCCUUUAAGAGGACAAAUUUUCCCGAGCUUGUGUAUAUCAUGGAAUCGUAUGUGUAAUCACAAGCUCAGAAAAUUGGUCAACUAAAAACCAAAAUAAUUUUUGAAAUCGCUUGACAUUUCUAUAGAAACAUCUGAUACUCUAAGAAUUUUGAAAGCUCUUUCCAAGAAGAGUUUGUAAAAAAUUUUAUUGCCAGACACGGAGCGUUUAAAAACCCUGCUCGGCUGCUGGACGUUGAGAGCGAAUGGGGAAUUGAUUGACAAGUUAACCACCGUCUUCUGUCUGUCGGCAAAAUCUUAAAGGACAACAAGCGUUAAACUUUCGCGCCCUUUAACGGUACUCGACCCAGUCUACCGAGGACACAUCUAACCGUCGUAGCCAAACGUAGUCGGCAAUCUUAAAGUCCCUAAUAUUGAUUAACAAGCUAACUCGUAACGGUUUUGAAACGGUGCAGUUUUCUUGAAAUAUCAGAUAUUAAAUCAACAGCAAAAACUCUUGAGGUGUCCGUUAUGUUAACUUUUCGAAUAACAGAAGGGCUCUAAUCUGACUUCCGCGACCAAAUAGUAAGGUUAUCCGUUAACACAGGUUCCUUUUUACAGCAGAUAUUUUAGGUCCUAGCAACAAAAGGCGUCCACUAAGGUUCUCUUUGUUGAGAUUUCUCUAAAGUUAGAUUGGCAAACUAAGAGCCUCCGAGGGAUAUCUUGAUCAGCCAAACGCAGCCUCAACACACCCUCGCAAAUCGUGACUUCUUUCAGGCCUUAUGAUAAAAAAAAAAUUGUUUAAGGAGGGAGGGGGGGAUUCGGCGGUGAGACAUUUCUGUAAGACAUUUCAUUACAGUUUGAGAUCGAAGGCAUCCCUAUUGAAGGAUUCAUUUGACAACUCUGGUUUGUAAAUCUAAUCCUGAAAUGUGAAACUGUCUUUCAAUUUUCCAUAUCUACACUCAGAGGUUUCUGAAAAGUGUCUAAGCUCAAAGGCUAGGUCAGAAUGGGUUUAUGAUGCCAUUUCGUUUUUGAAAAAAUAAUGAUGAUCAAAAAACUCACUUGUUGUUUAUAGUUUAAUAAAUUACCGACAUUAGGAUCACACCACGAGAUGAAAUGACCUGAGAGUAUAACACAAUCAUAGUGACAAUGGACGACACGUGGUUGAGUACUGCACUGGUACUGCAGAGGUAACAUGUUCAAAUCCCGUACACUGAAUUUUUUCAUGCCUUACUUUCAUUACUGCUUAAGUAGUGUUUAUUACUGCGAAGAUCGCUUUCUUGUUAAUUUCUCAAACCGAAGUUCACAUAUAUAGUUCACAUGUAUUCACAGUCAAUGUCCCAGAUUACGAAACCUUUCUUACAGGUCUCGAAUCGAUAUGGAUAAAUAUUCCGUGACUAGUUUUUAAACAAAAUCUAACCAUGGUCGUGGUUCAUGUGUGUGCGUAGCUUACCAGCGAAUUCUGUCACAAUUUCAACUAGUAGUACUUCUGAUUGGAAACUUCGAAAGUCUUUGCUGCUAAAUUUUAAAACUUUUUCGAUUGGAAAUGUGUUACUUUAAUUGAAUAUCAAACAUGUAUCCGUCACAGAAUGUGCACGUACACAUGCAUUUAAUAAUUCCUGGUAAUAUUUCUGCGUUACUAUUGUUCGUCUUAAAAGAAGAGAAACGACAGAAAAAUCAUACUCAGGUAAAUAUUUAAAAGUGCUUGAUCAAGCUCUUAAUUUUCAAGAUGACCUCUAAGCUGAUGUGUGCAUUUCACAUACCAUUUAGCGAUUGCGAGGUAUCCUAAGGAUACAAACACUACCAUAAUUACUCUCCAUUUGUUUAAUUUACAAGUAAUCUCUAGCUCUAAGACACUCCUCCUUGUGACAAAUGUCUAUUUUUAAAUCGAUUAAGUCAACUACGCAACCAACUAAAAUUUAGUCUCCACGGUAGUACUUUUCUCGUUGGUUUUAGCUCUUGGCCUAGGUGCUGCUAUGCGUGUGCCGAAAAUCACUCUCCUGAUCUCUUGUCUGAACUGAUGGUUCAGGAGGGCAUACAGGAAAGGGUUGACAGCUGAAUUGAACAACACCAAUAUGUCGACAAUGGCAAUGUGUACGAACGUCACUUGAAGGGUGGUAGAAGUCCUUAACACGUAUUCAACCGACUCUGGUCCCCAACAAACUGCGAAAAUGACACUGACUGUUAUAACCAUGAAAGUGAUACGUUUUCGCACCCUGAUCACACCCUGUAAAUAAAGAAGACAAACAUAGUCAUUCUAAAAAAAUUUUGACAAUCGAUUUCUUCAUUUCUCGUCAAGACUUCUUUUCGGCAAAAAUCAAAGCAAGUGAACGUGUGAUCUAUGAGAGAUUUCCUUCUUUUACUAGUCCUGUCUUGGACGCCUGAAGUUUUCAUUUAAUCUAGGUUUCGUUCCAAAUAGUAUCUCACAUAUUUUUAUUGAAGGUGAUGGCAUAGAAGAAAGUCUACAAUUGGGCUAUCGAUUAUCAAGAAAUGCUCAAAAAAGGUCACCGAGAUGUGGAUCAUCUGAUCAAAAUGAGGAGUAAAACGUUUUAGUUCCCGAGGUUAGUUAUAACGAAUAGUAAUAUACGUAAAAAAAAUACCCGCGUCUGAUUGGCUGAAAACGAUUGCAUUUUUCAUGUAACACGAAUGCAAAGUUGUUACACGAGUGCGAAUUGCAAAUAGCGUACACGCACCGCCAAAAUUUAGUCCGUUCCGUCUGAGUAUCAUUGGAACAAAACCGAAGAAAAAUACCUUGCACUAUUAGUGAAGGGGAAAUGUCACGAAAUAUGUUAAAGAUGAGAACUUAAAGGUUCUGUAUAAAAAGGUUCAUGUAUAAUUAGUAAAAUUAAGUUUUGACUUAAGCCCUUACUUGUUGUUCAAAGCUUAAAGGAGAGCAACUCUUUGGUUUCAACCAUAAAGAGCACACGACUUGAGAGUAAAGAGUAAUCAUCAAACCAAUAGCUGUCACAAUCAAGAAAACCCAUGAUAAACAACUAGCUGUGGACAUCCAUUUUUCAGGCCAGCUUAGCACACAAUGAUUUGUCCCAUCUUUCCUCUCAUAAGUACGGGAAAGAAGGAGGGGUAUGUUAAAAAUCACCGAGAAUAUCCAAGAACAAAUAAGGAUCACCUAGAAAGGUAAGUGAAAGCAAAAAGUGCGAGUGAGUGUUUUUGAGAAUGAAUAACAACGAAAAAUAUAUAAAAGUUUCUUGUUUAAUGAGUCACUUCUUUGCACGCAAGUGCUCUCACGACUAAAUUGCAUUUUUCACUGGCGCCAAAUUUCCGGCGCUACUUCUGCUGAUCUGGGAAACUUAUUAAUUUUCAUCUCGCUUUUACACGAGUUCCUUUUCAUUUCCCCACGAUGAUUCCUUUCAUGAGCCUAGUCAGUUUUCAUAGCCUGUAUACGCACAAUCAUUUCUCCAGCAAUCAAGUGGCAUUGGCAAGCUUACGAGAAGAACGUAACGAUAGUAUACAGGAAUAGGAAAAAAAACCACGUCGUAAUAGUACAAAAGUCAGUAAAGCUGAGGGGCAACCACCCUCCUCCAGUGUGCCACCAAUUUAUUAACAACUCACCUUCAGUUUACGCUUAGUCAUUUUUCUAUUUGGAUCCAUUGGAUAUACUACAGUAUAAUAUCUUUCGACGGCAACCGUAACCAAAGUAACAAUUGAAGAAACUCCAGCAAUCCAAGCAAAAUUUCCGCCAGUUACCAACUUGCACAGGAUGGAACCUACUGCUCCCUCUGGGUGGCUCAAAUUCAAGCCGAAAAUAAGUUUUGUUGUAAUAAACGUUGCAAACAGAAUAUCGGAGACAGCCAGGUUCAUGAGUAAAUAAUUUAUGGGAGUCCUUUGGAGUCAAAAAAAGGUAGACAUGAUGAUAAUGAUGAUGCUAGAUUUUAAAAUAUAUAAGCAAGCAAGAAAUCUACAAGCAACGGUCUCAAUCUAAUUAUACCAAAAAAAAUAAAAACGCACCAACUGGACUGAUCUAUCAUUAUCGGCGACUUACCUCAUUUGUCGAUUUCUCUUGAUAAUCAAACAAACAACUAUAUUGCCUGUGACGACCAAAACGACCAGGAUCAAGAGCACAGUGGUAAUCACGAUGGAAGAAACCCCGUACUUGACCAUAGUGACUCAAGAGUUAGUUCUCUGCCAAAAAAAUUAUCAACACAUGCAGCCAUAUCAUUCGGUUUUUUUUUUGUUAUUUCAUGUUCGCAAGUAAACGAAAGCUAAGUUGGCAUAUUGCAAGCAACCCACAUCGUGUUCUUUAAGUUUCAUUUUUGGUGCCUUUUCGAGAAUGGACACGAUCACUUCGCUAUAAAUGAGGACGGUCUGAGAACUAAAAACCUUUCAGCUUUCAAAGUUCAACCAAAAAUUAAGCGGAAGUAGAAUAAGAAACGAAAUAAAUAACGAGAUAAAGAGACAUAUAUCGCGAUGCUUUAUUGAAGUCAACAUUUGCUAUACUUUUAUCGGGUUUUGUACUAUCUGUCCGACAGAGAUACAGAUACAGCUAAUCUAAGGUUCUAUUCACUAUAAUAAUAAUAAUAAUAAUAAUAAUAAUAACUUUAUUUAAGUGUCAGUGUAUUUUAGCACUGCUGUGCUAAUUGGGGACACUGUAAAUAAGGAAACAAAAUAUCGUAAAUGAACAGAAACUCGUUAAAAACCCCAACUGGUAGGAGGCAGACCAGUUGGCUAUUUACAAAGCGUGCAGGAGUUGAAUUCGGGGCCACCGGAGACAAAUCCAUCCGAAUUCAACUCCUCACUAGGAUGCAAACGUCAUAAGAUUAUCACAACAUUUUAAUCAUAUCAUUAAAUAGAACUAGGAACGUCUCACCUGUUAAAAAUCGAAAUAGCGUAAUCUUGAAAUCAAUUAAUCUAGUGAAAUCCGUUAAGGAUCUAGCCAAUUCAACGAUGGCUUCCACUUCUAAAACAAAAGACUUGUGGCUAAACAACGGGAAAUUACUUCAACUUUUUCAAACGAAUAACAUCAUGCGAUACCAAUUUACGCCUAGCUCAGAAGCGUUGAAUAUAAAAACAUGAAUAAGAUUAAUGAAAGUAUAAUGACAAGAAUCUUUGCUUAGAGAUGAUACAAUCAAAACGGGCCAGGCCGUUGAUAUGUGGGUUACAAUGUUGCACAUACAGGGGCUAUUGUAAAAAACUGCUAUCUGGACUCGAACGUUCAGAUAGCGACGAUGACGACUUCUCAGAAAAGUCCGAUGCGAUUUGUAAAUUUUCCCGGCUACAUGUGUAAAAUUUCGAUGAGAAAAGUGACAAUAGUUCACAAAACGAGGUGAUAUAUGUAAAGGCGCACAUAAGUAGGUAUCGUUAAUCCAAUGAGGUGUCCAUAUCGUAAUUUCAUGACCGGUUUUCUAUCACUUUUUGCCUUAAUAUCUUAAAUGCUUCAUGCAAAACAAUAAUAAGGAAGUGAAAGAAAGAGCUUGAGACAAAUAUAGAUAUUACCGACAUGUUAAGAAAGCAGAAUUUUGCACAUGCCGAAUCAAGAACGAGGAGGUGUCGCACUUACCUGAUCUGGAGAAAACUUGAGGAAACGAACACCAUAUGGCUGAAGCGUUAGAAAUCAUACAACGAAAAGUCUUGCUCAGUAGACUAAUUGUUUGCUAUUAGCAUGUAAUUUAAUCUCAAAAGCAGACGUUCUUUGUCAUUAUUGACAUAAACUUCAAAAUAAAUGGAUUCAGCGGGUGGUAGUCUCAUACAUUAUCCUAUGCAAUAUGUCGAAGCGAGUGUACACUAAAUUUACCCAGACGCAAAUCUUUGAGAACGUAUGAAAAAGAACGCGGGAUUAAAGCUGAAUAUCUGACUUACGAAGUAAUUUUCCGACAAGAUUUGACAAGGUGCAUUAAGAGCGUGUCAUUGUGUUUUGUGGAUGAACAUGCCUCACCUUUCGGAUUAUUUCUUUCAAACAUAAUGUUAAAACGAGAUUUCCUUUUCUUUAUGCAAGCCUUGAUACAAAAACAUUAACAGUCGCCUCGAAUCUUAAUUCUGAAAGCUGUCUGUCGAUUCACUGUCUAGCUCCUCAGCACAUUUUCCAGUUUUUUUCCAUUUUUGCCACGGGUUUUUCCUUUGCUUUUGGCAACUUUGGUCAUUAUUGUGUUGUCCUCCUCAUCGCUCCACUGAGCGAUCGAGAUGGAAAAAAAAAAGGAAAAAAACGUUUCUGCAAUGGGUUCUUUUUCCUAGGAAAUCUUGAUCCAUCGUCAUUGACGCCAGGAGGUCCCGUUGUCCCAUUGGUUUGCAGUUUCAGGAGGCGAGAUAAUCUCCUGACUUGGCGAGUUGUUUGCGAACCUUUUUUAGGAGCUAAAAUCUCGCAUUUGAUUUUGGGCGGAAUACAACCACUUGGAACGAAUUUAUAGGGUAUACAGAUUUGUCCGAUUCUCGUCAAAUUAUCCCUAAACAUUAUAUUCCAGAAGUAAUGACAAACGAAAGUGUGUCGGGAAAUUUUGAUAUUUGAAAUAUUUUCCCAAUGACGUCCAUGUACGUAACACGCCUCACAUAUUUUUAGCUACUCCAACUUUAGAUGCCGAUAUCUAGACGCCGAUAUCUAGACAGCCAAUUAGCAUAUCCAAAAAGCCUGAAACACUUUUGUUGAUUGAUGACUUGUGAAUAAGACUACGCAGCCAUUUUACUCGUGCUGCGGGAGAACCGAGAACCGGUCGUUUCACGCCAUACCGGCUCCUGACACUUCCUUAAAAGAUAAGUCGCUUAAAUGAUAUUUUUAUCGUAAACUACAGUUAUUAAGGUUUCUUCUGAUAUACAGUUUGCUAAGAUUUUAGUGAAACUAGCGUGUGUACGAAUUUUUUUCCCGAAGGACACCGCGAAGGUGGGAAGUAUCCUUAAAAAUUUGUGUUCAAGCGGUAAAUAUCGAGCUAGGUAACAACUUGCAUCGCGUUUCAAGUAAGUUUUAUUUCGAAUUAUUAAUGAGAAAAUGCUGCAAGUUAGUAAGCUUAAUCGACACAAAUAUGUCUAUCGAUAAAACCAUUUUUGGAAGCAUCUAGUCGUAAUCUACCUCAAUGAGUUUUGUUCGAGAAAUUAUUUUUAUUUUUCAGUUAUUGGGACCUUCUAUUUUCAAUUUGACAUCAUCAAAUGUGCUCUAAGGAAGUCUUGAAAAAAUAUCGAUAGAACAGCAUCACGGAAGGAAUUAAUUUUGGAAAGUUGCCAAAGCUACGAACCAUCUAGAAUUAACGUUAAAAAGAUCUUGUGAUCCUUGAAGAAACAAAGUCCCUUACAAUGUUUAGUUUCCACACCAUGCCACUGUAACAGAAAACACAUCUAUGUACUGCCUACCUCUUUGCUUUAAUAUACAUACGGAAACUGCACGAAAAAGUCCUCAUCUUCACAAAAUAUAAAUAAAAAUUCCCUUUGCCAGUCAAAACAAGCUAAAAAAUUUCAGACACUUAAAGAGAGGUUCUGCAUCGGGACAAUGAGACAUUUAACAAUUAAAGGAUGUAACAGGUUUUUGCACAUAACUAAGGUGCUGGAGACUCAUUAUGUCAUUCCACAAGAUAAGGUGAAAAGUAAACGAAAGAGGAUAAAGGAAUAAAGGAAAAGAAGAAGCACAUUUCCAGUUGUCAAAAAACCAAAUCGAUCCAUUCAGUUUGUCUCAAACAAGAGGAGGAAGAAUUUGGUAUGAGUUGAUGCAAAAAAACGGCUUCAACCGUUCAAUUUACGGAGUGAUGAUCGCUUGCAAAGCUGAACUAAAAGAAUACGAUGCAGCUUACAUAUGAGUAAAACAACUGCAAAAGAUGUUUUUUGCUGCGUAAGACAGAAAGUCAAGAGCUUCAUGCGUGUAAAAUGUUUUUAAAUUGACAGUAUCUACCUUAUGAUCGAUUUUGUGUCGAUACACUUUUCCUUGUACCUUUAGAAAUACUAUGCCUUUCGUCACUUCCCACUUAACACAUUUAGAAAAUAUAUGCCAAUUUCAACUCAAACUCUAAGCAAAUAGAGCUAAAAUGUGAAUAAGUAGUUGGCAUCAACUUCCGAUGUUGGGCUAAAAUCCGUGAAAAACCCUGUAAAGUAGUGAAACCUAGGAUAAGCUUCACAUAAAACAGUAUUGAACGAUAAACUGUAAAAUAUUCGUUUAAAGUGCAAAAAGCUUACCAAUAUACAUCCAGGGCAUGCAUAUAGGUAUACAAACCCUUUUGGCUUAGUUUUGAAGCCCGUUAAAACAAUAGUUGAUAGAUUUCUGGGGCUCAUUCACAAUAUACCGGUCAGACUUUCCCUGUAGGUCCGCAAUGUUUGAAAUAAUAAUAAUAAUAAAAAACAAUCUUACAUGCGUUUAAAACAUGAAUAGGUCAAGGUUAAUUGUAUAUUGAAUUAAAGCUUAGUCUCCAGAGCUGUUUCAGCCCGCGGCCUGGGCGCCACGAGGCGUGUGCAACACAUCACUCCCUUGAUCUUCUGCCUGAACUGAUGAUUCAGGAGGGCAUACACAAAGGGGUUUACAGCUGAAUUGAACAAAACCAUCAUAUCAACAAUAGUUAUUUGAACAAAGCUGAUUUCGAGAGAUGUGAGAAAUCUUAAAACGUAUUCGAUUGAUUCGGUUCCCCAACAAACUGCAAAGAUGAAACUGACCGUUAUGACCAUCAGAGUGACGCGUUUUCGAACCCUCAGCACACUCUGGAAAUUGAGAAAAGAAAUAAACAUACCAUUCAGCACAUGGGCUUUUAUAAGAUCGUCAUUUAAAAGGAAAACAAAAAUAUUCUCGAUAAUUCCUUCAAGGUUUCACUUUCGGUGAAAAAUUUUGUCUCAAAGUUGAGAAAUAAUUAGAUGGAGAUUGACAAGAGAGGAGAAUUUCAUCUUUCUUUUUUUUAGCUUUAACUUGUCUUUUGACUGAUCCGUAACAAGCAUUUAAUUGUUCAUAAAGUAUGUCUUAAGCAAAAUUAAGUAUAUGUACGUUCAGGCUGAACGUUUACCAAUGAUCCUUCCUCUUUAAUUUCUUCGCAUAUUUUUGCCUACCCACAGAUGAAAAAAGUGAGGUAUCUACAUUUGGCAAACAGUUUCCUUGAGUAAAACAUGACUAAAAGCUGAGGGCAACUAUUUUCUUGCCAAGGCUUUAACAGUCAGUUUACAAUAGUACCCUCGAUCAGGUUUGCCAGCAAAAAAGCCUAAGUUAGGGGUAUACUCUAUGCAUGAAAAAAAUAACCAUCAGAAAACUGCAAUUAGAACCUACUUGUUGUUUAUGGUUUAAAGGAUUGUUGUCAUUAGACUUAAACCACAAAGUGUAGACGACUUUGGAGUAAAGUGCAAUCAUGGUAACAGCCGAAGCAAUAACUAACAACAGCCAUGCCAAACAGUAUGUUGUAAUCAUCCACGUUUUAGGCCAGCUUUGAAUACAAUGGUUUUUCUGUUCAUCAAAAGUUCGCGUAAGAAACUUGGGCAAGUUAAAAACUGCUGAAAAUGCCCACGAGCAAAGAACAAUUAUCUGCAAAAUAAUGAAAUAAAAACGUCAAUAUCUUUUACUUCCCAAGUUUGGUCCUUUUAAAUAAAUGAUUGCGUGCUCAUGGGAAUGGGUGAAAGAUUCUUUCCCUUUGUCCACAUACUCUGUGCUGCCUUCUCUCUAAUUCGUUGCUUGAAACUACUAUAAGGUCUUAUUACGUAACCGGUCUUCAAAAAAGUGAAGUCACUAUUUACUGAAUCAUACUGAGCCAAUAAUGGUCACUUUGCCUUCAACUUACCUUCAGUUUAUGCUGGGUCAGUUUUCUAUUUGGAUCAAGCGGAUAAACCACGGUGUAAUAUCUUUCAAAGGAGAUCGCAACCAAAGUAAAAACUGAGGUAAUUCCGGGAAUCCAAGCCAGAUUCCCUCCAGUCAGCAGUUUGCAAAGGACUAAACCUGCCACUCCAUUUGGCUGCCUUAGAUUGAGGCUGACGAUAACCUUUGGUGUAAUAAAGGUUGCGAACAGAAUAUCGGAGACAGCCAGGUUCACAAGAAGGUAAUUUAUGGUGAUUCUUCGAAAUAAAAAAGCGUUUUCAAAAAGCUGUGCAUACGAGAGUUUUUAUUCUUAAUGAAAAAAAGGUACAUGAAUGGAACUGUAAGAAAGACGACCUCUCAACAUGCAUUUCUAAAAUCUAGGAGUAAAUGGACUUGUUUCCGUAUUCUUACAUUCUGCACAUACCUCGUUUGAAGAUGCCUUUUUAUAAUCAAACAAACAAGUGUAUUGCCGGCGAUGUCCACAACGACAAGAAGUAAGGAGGACGGUAGUGAUCACUACAUGAGUUGAUUCAAACUCGAUGACCAUCUUCUUGUCAAAAGAGGCUUAUGUCUCCUAAACUUAUUUUUUAAAGCUUAAGGAAAGGUCGCCAUACCAAAUGAGCUUCAGAAAUUGACUCUAUCCGAAUUUAAAUAAAGAAAAGUUAUCAUCAUUUUCGCGUGAAAUUGAGACUUAAUCGCAAAGUGUUAUUUUAUGUAGACACGUGAAAAGCAUUUAGUGUAAAUAUGUCACGAAAAGUUUGCGUUUGAUGUAAACCCGCACGCUUCCAUUAAGAAAUAAACAUUUGUGGCAGAAAAAAAAAUCGAAUCGCUAAUCCCAACCCAUAGAGUUAACGGGGUUCCUGUGGACGUGCCAAGAAAAAGAAAAAAAAAACCACCGUUAGUUGCCAAAGAGAAUUCCAUGCUCUAUAUCCUUAUACCAGCAAAUGAUAUCAUUGCUGACAACUUUUUACCACUAAUAUGAUAAACAUUUUGAGAUGAAUUUAACAAAUCAUUAACCUUAAUACUCAAUAUUCUAAUUCUCUUCACUAACCAAGAUUAUUAAGGAAAACUUUGGGAAAUUAUUCUCCACUUAUGGAAUAGAGUUUUCCUGUAGCUGUCAACAGAGUUUACUUUGUAUUCGCUUACUAGUCAUGAAAAGUGGUAUGCAAACUUCAUAUAUGGCACACAAGGAUUACAGUGCGAUAUUGCCCGUUUCACUUCUACUGAAAAAAAAAGCGCAAAAGAAAGGUAUUGCUUUAAUUUUUACGAAAUAGAAUUGCCUUGCUAUUGAAAUUUCUGUGUUUAGAAGAGUACUCUGUAUUAAAAAAAAAAUUAUCAAAACCAGAUCACACAUUUCCGCUCAAAAUUUAAAUUUUUUCUGAAGAAAUGAAACCAUCUGCAUAGAAUCAACAAAAUAGGGUUGUCUAACGCUUCUUUUUCUUUUUGCUUUCAAUGAUAAUUGCAAGGACAUCAAAAAAAUUUAAAAAAGCACUGGAUAUCAAUUUUUUAAUUUCAGCGCCAUACACCAAUCGACACUAUUUAAGACACUUAUGACCUAAACCGUGGGAAAUCGUUUUCCAACGAUAGAACAACUGCUUAUCGCAAACAUGUCAGGAAAAGUUUACCCGCGAUACCCUCAGAUUAUUACAGCGAUGAACUAACUAAUGGAAGAUUAUGUUCUGCAAACUUAAGAAUAACAAUAAAGUUUACCAAGAAAUGAUCAAAUUUGCAACAACAAAAACAUAUGUUUUUAAUAUUUAGACUCCCGUUCACUAAAAAGCAGAAACCUGUAAAUUCUUCAAAAAACUGUUCUGUAUUUGUUUGUUUGUUUGUUUUUGUUUAUUUAAAGCACACUGAUCAAGGACACUCAUAAAUAUUAGGCCUCAUUCACACCAGAAGAACACGAUUAGUUGGACCGGAUUUAACUUAACGAAAAUCAGAAACAGAGAACAGAAAAACUGAAUUUUUCAUAAUCAUGUUAAUGUUUAUGUUAAGCGUUAGCCCUUCAUCACAGCCCUUCGCGGUGACGAAGGGCUAACGCUCGAAACGUCAGCCUUUAAACUCUUUAUAGCGGCCAAUUUACGUUAUCAACUCAGAUGAUAAUACUAAAAUACCAAGAUUCUGUGUCUGUUUGCAUGCACGUUAAAGUCUACACAAUAUUCCUCUUCAGGAUGACGGCUGAUUGUACUGUUUCACAUUUCUGUGGAAUGCGUUUCCCUGGAGACAUGGACUCUCACUCGAGAAGUAAAUGUACAACCAAGCAUGAUUUUGAUCUUCUUCCUGAAUCUCUGAUUUACCAGACCAUAUACAAACGGAUUUACAGCUGAGUUUAACAUGAUCAUCGUGUUGGAAACAGAGUACACCGCUGGACCAAAGCUUUCGGUGUUGAAAUGGCUCACGAUAUAGACAAUGGAGUCUGUAAUCCAGCAGAUCCCGAAGAUAACACUAACAACAACGACUGCCAAAGUGACUCGCUUACGUAGCUUCAAUACACCCUUUCAAAUUAGAGAUCAAAAGAUGGCUGCAAUCAAUCAUUUUGCUCAAAUCAUAAUUCAAAGAGGGGUCGAAGUUUAGUUUUUAAUUAAAAAAAAAAGCAAAAUACGAGUGCUUUCUUAGUUCAAACCUUUUGCUGUUGGGUAAGCUCGCUGUUCUCAGCAGGUUGAAACCACAACCUGUAAACCACUCUGGAAUAUAAUGCAGCCAUCAUUAUCAAGGGAAUAAUUGCCAUGACGACAAACCAAGCCACAUUGUAAGCCCUUGGCAUCCAUUUUUCAGGCCAUUUUCUUUCACAAGCACUGCUUUCAUUUAUAAAUUCAACGACCAAGAAAACUGGAGCGUUCACAAUCACAGAAAACAUCCAAGCACCGGAAAUGAUUACCUGAAAAAAAUUAAUUAAUGCAUAACUACCAUGAUGCUAUUAUUUGAAUAACAACAAACUGACGGUAUCCUCAUCUCCCACAUCCACUUCGUUUUAAUUCUUGGGACGCAUUAACAUGAAAAUGUAAAGGAUUCAGUCUUUAUACUUGAAAUCAUGUGAAACAAAGUGAUACUCGGGAGACUGUCCGAAACAAUAGUAAAACGGUUCAAUAGAAAAGUGAAGACUUUCUUCCUCAGCGCGUCACUUACCAUGAUUUUGCGUUCGGAAAGAUUUCCUUUAUUGCUCAGAGGAUACAUCACCGCAUAGUAACGUUCCAUCGAAAUAUUCACCAAAGUAAACACGGAAGAUGCGGCUCCUACCCACGCGAAGUUCCCACCAGUUAACAGCUUGCAUAAAACUUUACCAGUAACUCCGCCAGGAUGGGUGAACGCCUGACUCAAGAUGUACUGCGGGGCGAUAAACGUAGCAAACAUGAUAUCUGCCAUUGCCAGGUUCACAAGAAGAUAAUUGAUGGGAACUCUGAGGAGGUGAAGAAAUGAAUUAUAAGCAAUUGACUCUUUUAUUUCUUUUAUCAUCUGUAAUAUUUGACCAUAAGUCCAACGAUGUUAGAAAAAGCUGGAACAUUAUGAGAUAACUCUCUCAACAAACAUUUAUUUCAGUAGCAAGUAAAAACAUUGAUUGUGGUUCAGGGGUUAUGCCUACCUCAUAUCUCGAUGUUUCAGUAUGACAAUACAGACCAUUGAAUUUCCAAUGAUUCCCACGAAAAUCAGAAUAGAGAGCACUGCAGUCGUGAAAACACCAGCUGAAUCUGUCAUUGUGGUUCUUGAACUAAAAGCUACCUAAGCCUAAAAGUUGAACAUUGAUAGGUAUUUUAAGGUUGAUGUCUAUUAGCUGUUUCUACAUCGUUCCAAAUUUUUCAAAAACGUGAGUCGAUGAGAUCAAUGAAGUUCGUAAAUUUUCCAUGUUUACUUUUAAUGGAACUUAAAUUAGAAAGUACAUGUUGAAGGAAAUAGCACGAUUUUUUUUUUUUUUUAAUAAAACUGAAAAGACUUGACUCUCUUGCCUUAUAGAUAAUCCAAUUACUGAUUACUUUCACUGACUCUUAGAUGACUUACAUAGAAAGUCGACGGUUUCCUAGAUUUUCAGCGGACAUAAAGUGAUUAAUUUGAGAGUGAACUUUCAAUUUGGCAAUACCUUCUCCAGCCUGAGUCAGAAAGCUUUGUAUAUUAAACAACUUAAAUUUUUUCACGUUGCCGAAUGUUUUAAAUUGGCUCAUAACAAUUGUACAAGGUUUGAUAAGAAGUGUCACUUACAGCGCAACAGCACGAAUAUAAAAAAUUUUAACUACCUUUUCCAGACUGCCAAUCUACAAGUUGACUCGCAUCUCUAUCUCGUACGACUAGGUAAGAUGAAAUGAUAAUUACCUCUCAUAGUUUUUUCUGCUCUUCAGCUGGCAAAUAUUAGGUAUCGAUUCACUGGACCUACCUUACGUAUUUUUGUACGAGAUUAAGUUCUCUAUAGGAUUUGCGACCAUGCUUCCAAACCGAGUUAAUUUUUCUUAAACAAAAUGGAUUUGCAUAGUGGAAGAACUGCGCACUUUUAAAGUAAACACAAAUUGGCAUAAUGUCAAAAAGAAAUCAUUAGAUUCGGCGUUGUCACGGGAAAAUUAAAAUUCUGAAACAGCUUCAAAUUAUCUAGAAACAAAUCAGUUGGAGUUUUGCCUCGUUUCACUUGCUAUAAAGGCGUGAAUUUCUUUGCUUCUAAUCAAGCAAAAUAUAUUCUCAAUAUCCGGUGGGCUUUAUUCUUAACGUCGUUGCAACAAUAGCAAAGUGGCAAUGAAUCAGAGAGGCUUAACUUUUUUCGGCAAACAAAACGACCAAGAUCUUAUAUUAUAUAUGGAAAGCAAUAAUCAUUGGAAAUUUCUAGGACAGUAAAGCAAAGAAAUGAAUGAGCAAAAAUUAAUUUUUUCUUCUUAUUCUUUUUAACAAUUUGUUAUAAUGUAAUUGCUUGAGAUAUUACUGUUUGAGUGUCAGCUGCGCUUAUCGUGUUUGAACAAAUUUUACCCAUUUUUGGGCCAAUGUGGUCCAUAACCAAUUGCACUUAAUGUUAUAGUUAUAAUCAUUGGAAAUUUCUAGGACAGUAAAGCAAAGAAAUGAAUGAGCAAAAAUUAAUUUUUUCUUCUUAUUCUUUUUAACAAUUUGUUAUAAUGUAAUUGCUUGAGAUAUUACUGUUUGAGUGUCAGCUGCGCUUAUCGUGUUUGAACAAAUUUUACCCAUUUUUGGGCCAAUGUGGUCCAUAACCAAUUGCACUUAAUGUUAUAGUUAUUGUUGCUUUAGAACAGUUGUAAAUGCCGCUGUAAUUUAACUAUAGAUAUUAGGAAAGGUAUCUGGGUAAAAAGAUUAGAAGCUUUCAGAUAUUACUUAGCAAUGAUCAUGAAAAGAACCCUUCAGUUUGGCAUUAUUGUCAGUGGUGAUCGACAAUAAAGGCGCAAAUCACUAGAACAUCCAUGAAGAUAUAAUUAUAAGUAAGUCAAUUUAUUUCAAUGUUAGCUUUUCGUAUGAAAGCUUGACUGCCACCACCAGCUACUGAACUUCAAGUAAAUGUAGGCAUUAUUAUCGCUGAUAAACGCGAUGCCGUUAAGUUAACAGCGCACGUCAAUAACCAAGGAAAUAUGCCAAUACAAAUAAAAUAUUACAUUAAAAUCGGCUGCAACAACACUGAAAAAAAAACGAAAUUUUACUGACGAUAAUAAUUAUGAUGAUAUUGAGAAAAAUUGAUGCAUGAGAAACGCCUUGAUUAAUAAAGUGCAAGAAAAAUUACUAAUUACGGAUUAUAAACGGACCCAUAUUUCCAUGAGUGGAUAACCUGCUAAGGAAUACUAAAUUCGAUACUGAUGAGCUAACUCUAAGCGUGGACAAAGUUUUUCAUUGUUUCAUCAUUUUUUUUCCUUUUAACUAACAUUAUGCCGCUAAUAGGUACGUUUUUUUAGUCCAUGAUGCGUGAGAUUUAUGCCAUGCUCAAAAAAUAUAUAUAUUUGCGAAGAUAGAUGAAAAAAAGUAAAAAAAAGGAAAAUGAGCUACCUUCAAGUAUUCUUUCCUCCUUUUCUUGAGAGACUUGAGCCGUUUGCAAGGCGACAAUUUUUAGUUAUAUAAGAAAGAAAACAGUCGACUUCGUUCACGAUGCGACAUAAACUAUAUCAAAUGCACAAUAUCGUCAAAAUCACUUCAUAGCCAAACGCAGGGGGAAGACAUGCUACCUUUUCAAAAGCAAGUUCAGAAACUUCACUCUCCUUUCUAGUAGAAUUCCGGCCCUACAGUUAUUAACUUAUUUUUAACUCCACUCCACACUGCUUUUGCAAAAUAAGCGAGACAAACUGACGAAAGGAUUCAACGCAAAGGAUUACACUUUAAACUUUACCUUCGAUGAACAUAACAAAGGUACAUACGUCAAUUUUUAAGUACAGAUUAAAACGAAAUCCUGCAUGACUUCCUCCUUUUUUUAUUGUGAAGUAUGGCUUCUCCUUUCUGUUAUUUUAUCAAAAGAAAAACUAAACAAGAGACAAAAAGAGUCAACAUCUCAACCCACGAUUGGGUGGCAAAUCUCCUUUUUAAGAACACUUCUUAACUGAACGCCAUGAAUAAAUAUCGAGCUAACUGAACUUUAAUAUAUGCCGAUAACUAUGAAUUAAUUUAUCUCGCAACAUUAAGAUAUAUCAUCCAACUGCACUGAGUAGAGAGUAAAUAACGCGCGAAUCAAGUACACUUUUUAUUUUCCCCCCUUUAUUGCACGGUUACAUGAACAGUUGAUUAUUUUUACUUUAAAACAGGUCAGCUGCGCUUUCAAUUAGAUGGUAUUAAACAGACCAAAAGGGACUGAACCUUUGUUCUUGGUUAACAACCCACUGCUCCCAAAGUACCGGCUACAAUUCUUGCGAAGCACUGUCGUUAUGUGAUUGAGUCGGAAGAAGAAACACUUUUGUUAAAGUUAAAUGUUCAUCCAUGUCUUUAAAAGUUUGUCUUUCAGUAAAUUGAAAUUUUUUGUCACUGGUGAUAAAUUAUAAAAAUAAAAGGGGUAAGUUUCUAAAGAAACUGUGGUGCUGCGUUGGUGCGUCGUCUAUCCUUUUUAGUGCCGGCCACUCUUCCGAAGAAAGAUUGGAAAAUUGGAAAACAAUCGUAACACCAAAUUUUCCAAUCUUUCUUCAGAAGAGUGGUCGGCACUAAAAAGUCUAAAAAAACGCAAAGACAUUGUCAUAAAGGCGGCCGACAAAGGCGGCGCAGUUGUUGUUUGGCGGGCCGACCUCUAUCUGACACCUCCUUUAAUGCCAAAGUCGACAAAGACCUCACUGUAAUUAACCAAAACAUUGUCAAAAAUACGAUUAACGAUCUUAUAGCUAAACAAGAAUUGCCGGCCACUGCUAAAAAUCUCACCAUUACUACUCCUAGAACUUCAUGUAUUUACUUUUUACCUAAAAUCCACAAACCUAACAACCCAGGUCGACCCAUCGUUUCUGCCUGCAGUUGUCCCACUGAACUUAUUUCCAGCUAUUUAGACAAAAUUAUGGCACCUAUCGUCAAAACUCUACCGUCUUACAUUAAGGACAGCCAACACGCACUUGAAAUUUUUCGUGACUUUAGUUUCCUCGACCAAAACAAACUUAUUUUCACCAUGGAUAUAACAUCUCUUUACACUGUCAUUCCCAAUGACGAAGGUCUCCGGGCCCUCAAACAUUUUUUUGAUCUACGCGCUGUUAAGGAACCUAGCUCUGAAACACUGCUCCGUCUGGCCGAACUAGUACUCACACUCAAUUGUUUUUCAUUCGGUGGUAACUACUACAAACAAACUAAUGGCGUGGCCAUGGGUACUAAAAUGGGACCCAGCUACGCCAAUCUUUUGUAGGUUUUAUCGAACACCAAUUUUUAGCCAAUACCACGGCCCAAAACCUCAACUCUACGGCCGCUACAUUGACGAUUGCAUCGGCGCUACCUCCUCUACCAAGGAGGAGCUCACUCAAUUUAUAACCGCCGUCAAUUCCUUUCAUCCGGCCCUUAAAUAUACCUGGCAAAUUUCCGACACUUCUUUGGCUUUUCUAGACAUCAAAAUUUCUAUUGAAGGCAACGGCUUAUGCACUAGUGUUUACUACAAACCUACAGAUUCACAUAGUUACUUGUUGUAUUCAUCCUCACAUCCAUCACACGUCAAGAACUCCAUACCUUUUUCACAGUUUCUCAGACUUCGUCGUUUAUGUUUCGAGUGACGACUCUGAUUUUUCCGGAAAAUCAGAGGCAAUGUGCCAGUUUUUCGAUAAACGCGGCUAUCCUGUUUCUGUCGUUCAAGCGGGCUACCACCGUGCCCAACUAAUCGAUCGACAGGCAGCACUACAAACGGCCGAGAAGGAGAACACUGACCGCAUUCCAUUUACUCUUACAUUUCACCCUCACAACCACGCAGUUAAAUCUAUCAUUCUUAAAAAUUUUAAAUUACUCCAAAACGAUUCAGAGACUGGCACUAUCUUUUCGCAACCCCCACUUAUUUCAUUCAAACGCGACAAAAACAUAGGCAACUUUUUAGUCAGGAGUUCAUUUCAAACCUAUGACCAAUCUGGAACUUUUAAAUGCGCUCGCUCACGAUGCAAAACUUGUCCUUUCAUUCACAACGUAGAGAAAAUAUCGGGACCCAAAAGAUCCAUUAAGAUCAUUGAUCACUUUACGUGUACCUCCGCCAAUGUUAUUUACUGCAUAACUUGCACUUAUUGCAAUAAGUUAUACAUCCGCGAAACAGGGAGACGACUGGGUGACCGAUUCCGAGAACACCUUCGCGAUGUGGAAAGAAAUGACAAGGACGCAUCCAAACCAGUCGCUAGACAAUUUAAUCUUCCUUAUCAUUCUAAACAGCAUAUGGCAGUUUGCGGCCUUUCCUUACAUCUAGGCAGUUCGGAAAGCCGUAAAACACUAGAACAAAAAUUUAUAUUCCAAAUCGGCACCCUUAAUCCCCACGGAAUCAACGAGCGCUUUUCAUUCAACUAAUUUAUUCCUGUUUUCUCGUCACCACAUUCCCACCAAUGGCGUAGCUCUACUUCCUACAUAUAAAUCCACACACAACCCACAAUUCCUCUAAUCGCUCUGACGAAGGGCUAACGCUCGAAACGACAGCUUUUACCCUUUACGGUGGCUAAUUUACGUUUUCAACCCAGUUGUUAACACUAAAUUACCUGCUAUAAAAAUAAAAGCUAAGUUUUUCGUUUGUCUCACGAUGUAGUCACGUGUGAUGUAGAUCGUGACGUUUCGACUACAUACUGCUAGUCUUCUUCAGGCGACGAGGUCGACUGGUCAUGCGUGAUCUUAUAAAACAUGAUGUUCGACGUAGAAUCGUUGUUUACCAAUGUUCCUAUCGACGCCGCUGUACAAGCCGCAAUGCAGAAACUAGAGAAUGACCCAAGCCUUGCAGACCGCACAAAGCUAACGCCUGCACAGAUCACUGACCUUUUGACCUUCGUAUUGAGAUCCACAUACUUCCAGUAUAACGGAUCGAUUUACGAGCAAAAAGACGGCGCCGCCAUGAGUCCGGUUUCCGCUGUAAUUGCUAGCCUCUUCAUGGAGAGUUUCGAGGAACAGGCGAUAACUACAUCAUCCUACGAGCCUAGGAUCUGGAAACGCCACGUGGACGAUACAUUUACCAUCCUGGAUCGCGAAAACAUAGAUGACUUCUUACAGCAUCUAAACAACUAGCAGCCUUCCAUCCGCUUCACCAUGGAGACAGAGAAAGACAACAAACUGGCCUUCCUAGACACCGCAGUUUUAAGAGAACCUGACGGCCGCCUCACCACCAGUGUACACAGGAAGCCCACGCACACCGAUCAAUACUUAGCGUAUGAUUCACACCACCCUCAAUCAGUAAAACGCAGUAUUGUCAAGUGCCUUUACGAGCGCGCUAAACGUCUCGUUACAAAACCCUCCGUCAUCUCCGAGGAGAAAAAACAUCUGUCAUCUGUUCCGGUUUUUAAUGGUUAUCCUUUCUUCUUUCUUGCAGAAACUUACCAAGACCGGAAAACCAAAUAACAGUGCGGAACCCGCCAACGAGUUCAAAGCUACUGCGGUUUUACCUUAUGUCAAAGGUCUGUCCGAACAGCUUUGCCUACAACAACAAGGCGUGCGCGUUUUUUUCAAGUCACAGACUACGCUAAGAUCUCAGUACGACCAGAAGACGCUGUCGACCCGGCUGAACAAGAUGGCGUAGUUUACAGGAUUCCUUGUGGAUGCGGCAAGGUGUACAUCGGAGAGACUGGAAGACCUAUGCAAGACAGAAUUAAGGAGCACGAUCGAGACAUUCGACACGCCUGUACCGAGACCUCCGCCGUUUCAGAGCAUGCCCACCGGACACAAGCCACUCUGGAACGAAGUAAAAUUUAUUGAUCGCUACCCUUAUUACUACACGUGCAGGGUUAAAGAGGCAAUUCAUAUAAGACUUCACCCUAACAACAUCAAUAGGGAUAGUGGAAUAUAAGUUCCAGAAGCGUGGAUGCCCACGAUCAAAAACCACAACAACAGGAGAGCCGUGCGACAGCGGACCGCCGAGGGAGCAAAUCACUGAAUGAACAGCAAGGAUCGAAAUGCACCAAUCAGAGCUGUUGAAAGAAACAACUAAUCACAGCAGAACAUCAUGCUUUACAAGAUCACGAAUGACCAGACGACCUCAUCGCCUAAAGAAGACUAGAAGUAUUCAGUAGAAACGACGCGAUAUACAUCACACGUGACUACAUCGUGAGACAAACAAAAAACUUAGCUUUUAUUACAAUGUAUAUUUUGACUUCGAAUGGAUAAAAUACUUCUGUUAGCUAAAAUCUAUUACGCGUAUUGACAACAAAACUCUCUAGUUUAGGACCUAUUGAUGUAAAAAGAAAAGGAACAUUUCGAAAAGGCAUUUUUCUCCACUUGGCGCCUCAUACUUGUGUGUGUAGUAUGGUUGGGUAUUUUGACUCCUUGUUUGUAUUUUGACUCGCCCUAAGCGAUACAACACACGAAAACGUCUGAGCGAUACUACACACUAUACAACAUACCGGCCUGUUGAAGUCAGGCGAUUAAACUUUGUUGUUUUAGCUAUUAUCAAAAAUAAAAUGUUUCUAUAGUUGCCGGUUAGUUUUUACGGAAACCAUAUAAUUGGUGUCAGCUUGUAUUACUAACUGAACUUAUUAAAAGUGGAGUUUGAUUGUUGGCCUGUGCACCUUCUGAACUCCCUUUUCUCAGAGAAAGAUGAAAGAUAGAUAACAUCUCAAUCUGUUAAGUUUUUACUCAAAAUACAACAAGUCAUUAUCUCGCAAAUGAAGCCUCCAUGACUUAUCAUGAGUCUUGCGGGAUCUGGUUUUAUAAAUUAUCUUAAUUCAUACCCUCUGUCGAUUCGAAUUUUCGCUGUCGUCAGACGUACAUUUGAACCAAAGCCUAUUCACUACUCUAGAAUCCCAUUUCAGCGACGUAAUGCUGAGUAGAGAAAAAGUAUCAGUUACGCUUAACAGUUUAGAAUUAUGCCUAAUUAUAGAGCACCGCUAAAACUGAGAAGCUUGUGGAAACUUUUUUGACACAACAAAUUAAAAGAAGGGUUUUAAAACAGGUGCAAUUACUUGAUUUUUAUUGGCUGAUAAGUUUGUUUGUCUUAAUAACAAUAGCACAAACUGACGAGUUGAAUUUAACGUCAAUUCAAAGGAAUAUUACACUUACCUCGAUGUUUUCUAGUUGGACUUAGAUAGGAGAGUUUCCCUAAUUCUUAGUCUGUCAGUUUUUGUACGAUAUCACGGUUUUCACACGCUAUGGUUUGAAAUGACCUUGGCGCAUCUUUCCUGCUUUGGAGUUGAAACAGAGCGAAAGUCUGUACAGACGAGGUGAGUCAAAGGCAUUGAAAACUGAUGUUCAAUAACUAAUGCUUUGUUUCAUCUGGAACUUUUUACGUUCAUAUUUAUCACCUUGGGAAAGGUUGCCACCGUUGUCUAAAUUUAAUCUGCAGUAGACAUAGAAAUAACCGCGAAAUUACGAAAUGACCUAGAACGUGUAUGUGAAAAAAACAAAUAAUUUGCUGUCAACUUCUUACAUUAUUAAGUUUUUCCUAUGCUUAAAAAAACCUAACAGACCAAAGGUAGUUAUUAACGGCCCAAUCCAUUUGUAUAUUUCAUCGCACUUUCUUUUAUUGUUAUCAUUGGUGUUAUUUUUUUUUCGCUUUUCUAGGUGGACCAUCAUAAAACAUGUCCAUGCGAUCAGUCCCUGACACAAUAGCUAUUACUUGUGCGACAGUCCUUGCCGUUCUUAUCAUCGUUGUUAUAACGGGGAACUUUACUGUUUGCACGAUCAUGCUAAAAUAUCGCAACAUGAGGUAAAACAUUUUUCCUACAGUACUUUUGUGACUUUUCUGUCAUUCUAUCGAUCUGAAUAUUUCAUGAUCCCUGACAUCUCGCGUAAACAGUAACUUAGUGGGGUUUUAUCGUUGCUAACCACCUAAAUUCUGGUUCAACAGUAUUCAUACAGCAGUCUAAAAGAUAAAAAAUUACCUAUCCAUUUUCGAUUCAGAGUCAUGAUAAAAUUAACUGUGAUGAACUACUAUUGGUGUAUACUUUUCUUAUAGUGUUUCAGUUAGUGUCAGCUCAUCUUUUGGGAGAAAAUAAAUUUGAUCUUAAAAUUUUCGUUUGUUUCUUUUUGAUGCACAAGAUCAAUCCACCAUGUCACAAAACUGGGAACGUACUAUGCGGAGUUAAUUACACCAGACGAAAUGGAAAAACAAAAAAUUUGCUUUAAAUCUUUAUCUUAAACGUUCCUAUCGUGUUCAAGAGCAUUAUUGGUGCGGUUGCCCCAUUUGCUUUUAAACAAAUGUAGCAAUGCACUUCUUUUUGUCUUUUUAUCAGUAUCAUCAUCAUCAUCAUCAUUAUCAUCUUCAUUAUUACAUUUAUUGUUAUCAUUAUUUCUAUUUAUUUUGUUGUUGUUUUGUUUUCAUUAUUUGUUGUUCAUUCUUCCUCUAUCAUUUUUAAUUGGAUUUUUGCGUUUACCUUUAUUUAUUUACACUCGCUAGAAUUCCAAUCAAUUUUCUUCUUGUGAACCUGGCUGUUUCGGACAUUAUGAUUGCAAUAUUUCUUGCACCAGAGUACAUCUUCAGUCUGAUGUUUACCCAUCCUGAUGGAGUGACUGGGACAGUUCUGUGCAGGCUACUGACUGGAGGAAACUUUGCCUGGGUUGGAGCAUCUUCGUCCGUCUUCACUCUGGUUUUUAUCGCCAUUGAGCGCUAUUAUGCCAUAAUAUAUCCAUAUGAUGGAAAGAAAAAGCUUACCAAUACCAAACUUAAGGUAACAGAUCUGUUUGGAGAAUUCCUUGUUAAUUAAUUUCUGUAAAAUCAAGCUGACUCGAAAAAAAAAGCAACUAAUCAGCAUGAGGGAAACAAUAGCCCCGAGAGAAUCACUCAAUUAGAGUGCGCUUUGCAUUAAAUAUGAACACCAUUUGUGGAAAGUUUUCAUCAUACAUCUAUGAUCCCACGACAAACGCUCACAAUGUAUCAUAAUUUAUAUACGUUUCCUUGAGCUGAAAAUUGAUUAUCUUCGAACCAUUGGUCGUCAUAAACAGACCAAAGACCUUCUUCUUUAUUUUUUUCUGUUCUAGGUAAUUAUUCCUUUCUGUUGGAUUCUUGCAUUUUCCUUGAAUGUACCAAUUUUCUUGGCCAUGAACUUCAAAAACACCUUAGGUGACUGCGAGGAGGACUGGCCACAGGAGUGGAUGGGCAAAGCCAACAGCAUGAUGUGGUUGGUGACUAUGACCUUUUUUCCCAUGACACUGAUGACUGCGGCUUAUUCCAGAAUCGUGUGCACACUGUGGUUCACACAAAUUGAUGAUGAUCAACUUUCACAUCGACAGAAGGUGAGAAGUUCUUGCAAAUUAAACGCAAAACUUUUGUAGUCCUUGGCCCGACUUUAAAAGGUGCGAUUUUUUGAUUUGAGACUUUACAGAGCUCUUGUAUCCACCACCAGCCACCACCAGGUACAUCAAAUCCCGAAGUGUUUUCACCGUUGAAAGCAUUAAAACAACUUCUGGAUGUUUUAUCGUUAAGUUUUGAUGGAAUGAGAACACUACAUAUGAUUUCAAGUUUCUCUAUAACACUUCACCUCGAACCGGCAGUCGUCGAAAAAAAAAACGCCUGUAACGCGAAUCAAGAGGGUGAUUUGGUAUUAUAAACUGAGAUGACACGUAAAGAGUUUCAAAGCCGACGUUUUGAGCGUUAGUCCUUCGUCAGCGCGGGCUUACGCUCGAAACUUCAGCUUUUGAGCUCUUUACGGUGGCCAAUUUACGUUAUCAACUCAGUUAAUAAUACCAGGUUACCCUGUAACGAGUGAAUUUCUGUUAAUCUGCAAACACAGAGAAAAAAUUAUCCAGCAGAGCUUUUAGUGACUGAACGCACUGAUACCUUUGUGAUGUAAACAAAUUCUCACAGUUUACUAUAUAAACUGCUGUGUUUCACAAGGAUUUCCAGCCCUAAGAAAAGCUGUAACUGACACGUGUAUAAUUACGAUAACUUUUUUACUGACGUACCUUUAAAAUUUUCCAAUCAGCUACUGAGGCAUCACUGGCAUUUUGCGCCAUUCUGUCAGGUUGAUGAAUAAAUGGUAAAGCUUUCAUCAGUUCUCGAUCCAAUGUCUUUUGCCAAAUGUUCUUGUCAGUAAAAGCGUAUGGUAUUUAUAUAAUAAACAAAAUAAUACUUGGUUGCUUGAAGAUAAGGUAUUUCUCUCCUCGGGUAUCUCUCCAGUUCGUUGCGUUCACUCGUGAGAUAUUAAGUUGAACACUGGAAGAGAAAUUCCAUUUCAACGUGCGCCCAUGUAUUACUCGCUUUAUAGCAAGUACCUUACUGAGGUUCUCUAUCUCCUCACAUAGGCUGUGAUCAAGUUGCGGAAGCGGGUCACCGCGAUGCUAAUAACUGUCAGCAUCAUAUUUGGAAUCUGUUGGUUUACGGACUCGACCUUUUAUUUCUUGCAUUUUAUCAACUCUCCUUACAGUGAUGUCGUUUUUGCUAUAACUACCAUACUGAUCCUAUUCAAUUCCUCUGUCAACCCGUUUGUGUACGCCCUGGUUAACCAAAGAUUCCGCCGAAAGAUCAAGACAAUGUUCCGAUGCAAUUGCGUCGCUACAAACAGGAUUGGCCCCAUUAUUUAUUCCACCGGUAAAAUAGUAUUGCCAACCGUGGCUCCCACUCUACCAAAUCUUCAGGACGGAGUUAAUGCAGGGGAAAGUGAUGUCAAAAAUUGACGGGAAAAACCUCAACGGAAACGUUAAAUUCCGAACUUCACCUGUUUCAUUGACAAUUAGAGAAUAAAUGAAGUAGAGUUAAGUUAAAGAAAUUAACAAUGGACUGCAAUUAAUCUGAUAAAUUCAAGGCCUUCUAGAAAUUGCAUGUACAUGGUGAAGUAACAGAACCUACCCUCUUUACUUUGUAAAGUAUGCAUUGAUAAUAAUGAUAAAAGUAAUAACUGGGGUAAUGACAACAACGAUGCUGCUGGUGAUGAUGAUGCUGACAAUAAAGCGCGUUAAGACAUCCGAAUGACAUAAGUAUUGUGAACCGCAAGUAAUCAAGUUGGAGGUAUAAGAGUAGAUUUUUAUCGUUUGAAUCCUAGAGUUUCUUACUUUUCCAUCACUGAUGUUUUUGAUGUCUCUAUUUUACGCUGUCACAUUUUGUUUGACAUUUUGGUAAAGUUUUGUGAGACUGUGGGAGUAAUUUUUAUUAUCUAGAAGAAAAGCAUUUUAAAAAAAACCUUUUGCUUUUCAGUCUUAGUUUAAUGAAGAACACACCGCAUUUAUCAAACAGGCGAUUCGAAAAACCCCUGAUUGGUUUAUUUUGCCUAGUUGAUGGUUUUUUGUAGGCGCGAUGAAAGACAUGAAGAAAGACGUGAUGAAAGACGUGAUGAGAGAAAUCAUCCGACCCAUGCCUUUCACGGCUAUGCCACCUAUUGAUCUAACUUAGACAAAAUUACAGCCUAUGUAAGCUGGAACAGUUUGUAAUGCCUAUACCUAGUGAACUUUGUCCCUUUCAGCUAAUUGUAAUAUGACGUUAUCAAAUAAAUGCUGGCUCUUAAAUGAAAAGAUGGCAUCAAGAAAAGAUGACGGUAUAUCCUUCGUUAUUACCCGAUUAUUUAUUCUAUACCACCCCUUGGAAUACCACGGUAAUUUUCGGCACACUUCUGGCACACUUCUUCGACGCUUUUGGGGGGAUCCACCCUGUCAGAUACGUCCGUAUGAUAAGCCUUGUGAAGCACAAGGUUUGCUAGCAUUUUUCCAAAGAUUCACUCUGUUCUGGUCUUCUUUAUCAUGACGAGAAACCUUACUGUUAGCAUGAUCAUAUCACAAUAUGAAGAACAUCAUUAAACGGCCACAAAUGCGACUUUCUUGUUCUUGCUAGAACACAUCUCUUAAAAAGUGCCGGUCAAAGCUGUUGAAAAACAACUAAGCGCAGCUGACGGCACAAUAUGUGAGGUCUCACAUGCUGAUGCGUAUUCAGUCGACCUCUUCGCCUAAGGAUGUCUAGCAGGGUAUAAACAAAACAUCACGAUCCACAAUGGAAGUCACCGCAUCGUGUUACGUACGAUAAUACUUUACUACUGGUGUUUAUAUAAUUAUGAAUAAUAACAACCAAGAGAAUAUAAACUGAUUACAUUUUCUUGCAAAGACCUCCUACAUUAUUCUAAAAUAAAAGUUGAACAAAGCGCACGAACUGAUAAGCAUGAGAUGCUUUGUCCAAUUUAACCACUUCUUUGAUCAGGCCGGCGAUCAUUUAUAUUUAGAAUCUAUAGAGGGAAGUUGGAGGAACGAAUACGAAAGCAAUUUAUCAUGAGCCCUCUCAGUUUUCGACACUAAUAACAGAGAUAAGAACAUAUAAUUAUCUUCCGCGACCAAUAUGUUUUACUCCUUUGACAUUGUGGUAAUGAUUAUAGGACGUUAUAAUAAAGUUCGGAUAUAACGCGUGCUGUCACUGGUUGAAAGAGCGCGCUCCAUGAGAGUAUAGAGCAGAGAGCUGAGCUAAAGCUGUCACGCCAUCUGCCAAAUUGCACUAUGUUUAACCUUUUCCAGAACUUUUCUCUAGCUUUUUUUCGUUAAUUGGAAGUGAAAUAUCGGAACAGGCGAACCGGCAAGUAGCAACAGAAGAACCAAACAAAGGUUUUUAAAGGCCAGGCGCCGUAAAUUACGUUAUUAUAACGUGAGCAGAGACGAAAAUCCUCAAGGAGAAAACGACAUGUACAGUCAGUGUUUUAGAGGUUUUCACGCUUAGUUGGAUGGCAAGCUUAUGUGCGGUAAUAAAAAUCAAACACAGCUAACACUCGUAUAGUAAGUAAAGUUUCGUGAUCAAAAACAAAACAGGAAUGAUGAAAAAUAUAACCAAACUGGCAUAACUGUUAAAAUUCAUACUAAUCAUGCCGGUGUCAGAGCGACUGCGAUCAUGCUGAGGUCCAUCGCGGUUUGCUCAUCAUGGCAAUCUUCGGUCAUCGCAGUGAAGCAAGCCUCAGGAACUACUGCGACCGCCCUUCGUGUGAAAAAAUAAGAGCUUGCUGUCCUUUCCGAUGCGUGGAAUGGAAGGUCACUGCAGCCGAGUGUCACGGCGCUGUUAUCCCGAGCGAUCUUUAUGUUCCGGUGAAUUCGGCUGUCGUUUAUUCAUAAAACACUCGCCUUAAACUGUUUGUUUUCUACUUGUCGUGUGAAAAACUUGCGUGUUUUUAUGAACCACAAUUCUGCCGUGUUUCACUGAACAUUUCACUUUCAGAUUCUGUAUUAGAGACUAAAAAACUUCUGGCAGAAGUGUUAAAUUCGACCUGCCGAAAUAUUCAAGUUUUUAAACUUUUGCAGAAUGUGAACUUUGAUGGUUUGACAUUUUUGACAGCUUUAGUCUUGUACAGCCAAUCAGGUAUCGAAUCUGCUCCUUACAUUAUUUUGAUCUUCUCUUUGAAUCUCUGGUUCACUAGACCAUAUACAAACGGGUUGACGGCAGAGUUAAGCAGCUCUCGGCGCUGAAGUGGCUCACGAUGUAGACUGGAUGGGACCUGUAAUCCAACACAUCGCAAAGAUACCGCUGACAGACAAGGUGGCUUGCUUCAGCACCUUCUGCACUCCCUUUUCUCAGAGAAAGAUGAAAGAUUGAUAACAUCUCAAUCUGUUAAGUUUGUACUCAAAAUACAACAAACUAUUAUCUCGCAAAGGAAGCCUCAACGACUUAAUUAUGAGUCUUGCAGGAUCUGGUUUUGAUUCGAAUUCUCGCUGUUGUCAGGCGUAAAUUUGAAUCAAAGCCUGUACACUACUCUAGUAUGCGACACAACCAUCACGGUCAACGGAAUAAUUGCCACGACUAUUAACCACACCACAUUGUAAGCCUGAGGAAUCCAUUUUUUUGUUCACAUUCUUACCCGGGCGCCAGUUCCAUCGUCAAUGGCCAAAACUAGGAACACUGGCAAGUUUUUAAUCCCGGAGAAAACCCAAAAACCAAGAAUAAAAACUGAAAUUAAAUUCAACGCAUGGUUUAUAUCGAUCUUUUGGCAGCACACGUUAUACGAGUAACAGAUCUCGAAAAGAGAAAGAAAUUAUUCGCCAGCUCAAUCGUUCGUUCGUCUUUCCUAAUAGUGUAAUCGGCAAAAUAAUAUAUCGCUUGACUAAUAACAAGAGAGAAUCCUCUCUUGCUGAUAACCUGAAACUCGAAAUUUUCAUCCCAGACAUCACGUAUCAUUAUUUCAAAAUUCUUCACACGAAUUAAAAAAAAGUAACAUUGGGAAAUCCUUCCACAUAAGCCUACAACACUUGCUUGGGGAUUGCCGAAGUGGCCAUAUCAUUUUGCGGUAAGAUUGCACAAGUAAUUCUGAUUAUUCAGCAGAAAAGCGUCACCCAGUUAUUGUUCAGACGAUUCUGAUUAGUAAGAUUUGAACAAUUUAAGCCUGUUUAGCUGUCGAGUUAGCGUGGGCUUUACAAUUUUGUGUGCGCUAAGUAAUGGCUAACCUACUUCCGUCCCAAGCCCUCUGUGGCAUUACCACUCACUACUUUAGUGCGGACUAAUUCCCAGCUAUAAGGGGUAAGACAAAUUUAAGUUUUAUCCUCAAACCUGGGCCUUUGUUAGGACAACUUGAGUUACAGAGGAUUUGCAUUUUCAAGGUUAACCAAUAAUAGAAUAGAAAUAAAUAAUAAAUUGAAUAAACUAUUUCCAUUUCAGCGUCGUAAUGCUGAGCACAGAAAAAUUCUUUUAAAGAAUUAUUAUACGCUCCGUAAUUUAGAACUAUGCCUAAUUAUAGAACACCACUAAAACUAAGAAGCUUGUGAAAAAUUAAACAAAAGGGCUCUAAGGCAGGUGCAAUCACUUGAUUUUUAUUGGCUGAAAAGUCUGUUUGUCUUAAUUACAAUAGCACAAACUGAUGAGUUGAAUUUAACAUCAAUUCAAAAGAAUAUUAUACUUACCUCGAUGUUUUCCGGCUUGACAUGCAUACGAGAGUUUCCUAAAGUCUUAGCCUGUCAGUUUUUGUAUGAUAUCAUGGUUUUCACACGCUAAUGUAGAUCGAAAUAGCCUUGGCACAUCUUUAACUGCUUUGGAAUUGAAACAGAGCGCAAGUCUGUAAAGACAGGUGAGUAAAAACCAUUGAAAACAGAUGUUCAAUAACCAAUGCUUUGUUUCACCUCUCAAAUAGAAGUUUUUACGUUCGUGUUUUUCAUCUUAGGAAAGGUUAUUACCGUUAUCUGCAUGUAAUUUACGGAGAACCUACCCGUCUGCGGUAGACAUGGUGUAAUAACCACGAAAAUACGUUAUGAUCAAAAAAGUGUAUUUGAAAAAAACAGCGUACUUUGCUAUCGGCUUCUUACCUCGUUAAUUUUUCCUUAUGCGAAAAAACCUAACAGACCAAAUAUAGUUGUUAAUGGCCCAAUCCAUUUGUUUAUUUUAACGCAUUUUCUUUGGUGGGAUUUUUUUCCUCUUUUCUAGGUGGACCAUCGACCACAUAAAAUAUGUCCAUGCGAUCAGUCCCUGACACAAUAGCUAUUACUUGUGCGACAGUCCUUUCCGUUCUUGUCAUCGUUGUUAUAACGGGAAACUCUACUGUUUGUACGAUCAUACUGAAAUAUCGCGAUAUGAGGUAAAAUUUUCUUCCUACAGUACUUUUGUGACUUUUCUGUCAUUCUAUCGAUCGGAAUAUUUAAUGAUCCCCGACAUCUCGCGUAAACAGUAACUCAGCGGGGUUUUAUCAUUGCCAACCGCCUAGAUUCCGAUUCAACAGUAUUAGUACAGCAGUCUCAAAGGUAAAAAAUUACCUAUCCAUUUUCGAUUUAGAGUCACGAUAAAAUUAACCGCGAUGAACUACCGUUGGUGUAUACUUUUCCUAUGUUUUUCAGUUAGAGUCAGCUCAUUCAUCUUUUGGGAGAAAAUAAAUUUUAUCUUAAAAUGUUUUAUUUAUGGGUUUGUUUGCUUCUUUAUGAUUCACAAGAUCAAUCCUUCAUAUCACAAAACUGGGAACGUACUAUUCGGAGUUUUUUAGACUAGAUGAAAUGGAAAAACAAAAAAUUUGCUUUAAAUCUAUAUCCUAAACGUUCCUAUCAUGUUCAAAAGCAUUAUUGGUGCGGUUAUUCCAUUUGCUUUAAAAUAAAUGUAGCAAUGCACUUCUUUUUGUCUUUUAAUCAAUAUUAUCAUCAUCAUCAUUAUUAUCUUUAUUACUACUUUUAUUGCUAUCAUUAUUUUUGUUUAUUUUGUUGUUGUUGUUGUUGUCAUCAUUAUUUGUUGUUCAUUCUUGCUCUGUCAUCUUUUAAUUACAUUCUUGUGUUUACCUUCAUUUUUGCAUCCGCUAGAAUUCCAAUCAAUUUCCUUCUUGUGAACCUGGCUGUUUCGGACAUUAUGAUUGCAAUAUUUCUUGCACCAGAGUACAUCUUCAGUCUGAUGUUUACCCAUCCUAAUGGAGUGACUGGGGCAGUUCUAUGCAGGCUACUGACUGGAGGAAACUUUGCAUGGGUUGGAGCAUCUUCGUCUGUCUUCACUCUGGUGUUUAUCGCCAUUGAGCGCUAUUAUGCAGUAAAAUAUCCAUAUGAUGAAAAGGGAAAGCUUACCAAUACCAAACUUAAGGUAACAGAUCCGCCUGGAGAAAUCGAUGUUGAUUGAUUUCUGUAAAAUCAAGCUGAGUAAUUAAAAAGCAACUAAUCAGCACGAGGGAAAUGAUAAUACGGAGCGAAUCAGCCGAUUAGAGUGCGUUUGCAUCAAAUACGAACACCUGUUAUAGAAAGUUUUCAUUAAACAUAACUCCCAGGAUAAACGCCCACAACGUACUAUAAUUUACAUACGUUUUGACUUUAAUCUAAGAAAAAAUAGGCUGGGAAUCGAUCAUCGUCGAACCAUUAGUCGUUACAAACAGGCCAAAGCCCUUUUUCUUUACUUCUUUUCUGCUCUAGGUAAUUAUUCCUUUCUGUUGGAUUCUUGCAUUUACCUUGAAUGUACCAACUUUCUUGGCCUUGAACUUCAAGAACACCUUAGGUGACUGCGAGGAAGACUGGCCUCAGGAGUGGAUGGGCAUAGCCAAUAGCAUGAACUGGUUGGUGACUAUGACCGUUCUUCCCAUGACACUGAUGACCGCGUUUUAUUCGAGAAUCGUGUGCACAUUGUGGUUCACACCAACUGAUGAUAAUCAACUUUCACAUCGACAGAAGGUAAGAAGUUCUUGCAAAUUCAACGCACAACUUUGUGGUCCAUAGCCCGUCUUAAAAGGGUGCGAUUCUUUGAUUUGAGACAUUACUGAGCCACAACUCUAUUUUCCACCACCCUUCCAUAUCAAUAACAGGAUAUCGAGGUACAUCAAAUCCCGAAAUUUUUCUACUGUUGAAAGCAUUUAUACAUUUAUUACUCGCUUUAUAACAAGUAUCUUACUAAGGUUUUCGAUCUCCUCACAUAGGCUGUGAUCAAGUUGCGGAAGCGGGUCACCGCGAUGGUAAUAACUGUCAGCUUCAUAUUUGGAGUCUGUUGGCUCACCGACUCGACAUUUUAUUUCUUGCAUUUUAUCAACUCUCCUUACAGUGAUGUUGUUUUUUAUAUUACUACCAUACUGAUCCUAUUUAAUUCUGCUGUCAACCCGUUUGUGUACGCUCUGGUUAACCAAAGAUUCCGCCAAAAGAUCAAGACAAUGUUCCGAUGCAAUUGCGUCGCUACAAACAGAAUUGGCCCCACUAUCCAUUCCACCGGUAAAAUAGUAUUGCCGACCGUGGCUACCACUCUACCAAAUCUUCAA